ACUUCUGCCCGUCGCGAUGCUCGGCGCGAAGGCUGCUCUCGCUUUUCCCGGGGGCUCAGAUGGGAUCCGAGCAGCGCCGCCGCGUCGCCUCCCGCCUCGCCCGGUGGGCCAGCCGCCUGCUGCUGCUGCUGCUGCUUCCCUCCGCCGUCGCGUCGCGGCCGGCCGGGCCCAGGAUCGUCACGCCGGCGCUGGGUAAGCGGAGCACCGGAGAGGAUCCUGCUCGUCCCGCUCCUCCCUGGGGCGCCGGCGGCUCGCUUUGCGGAGAGAGGGGAUUUCGGGAAGGGGCGCGCGGCAGUGGGGUCUAGUGGGGAGAGCGCUGGGCGCGGACCGGGGAGAGGCCCGGGUUCAGAUCCCGCAGCGCUCAAUGACCUUGGAGGCCGUUCAGCCUCGCCUACCUCGCAGGGUGGUUGUGGUUGUGUUGGGGAUUAGAUGAUGCGCGGGAGAACUAUAUACACCUUGCCUUGAGCUUCGUGGUCGGAAAGGUGAGAUAGAAGUGCAACCAGUCAAUCAAUAAAUAUUGCUUAGCGUGUUUCACUGCAUUUUCUUCAAUAGGAUUACUGACUGUACAGUACAGAGAAAAGGAAGGUUCAAUUUUUAGUUCUUAAGCGUGCCUGCUUUGACAUGACCUCUGCAGCUUUCAGUGGUGCUUACUCUUGUGUAAAGGGCUCCAAGCACAUUCUUGCAGUUAAGUUUGUGAGCUUUGUGAGCGUAGUCAGGUUCCCCACCCCAAAGGCUGUAAUUCCCUGUGUGCUUACCUGGGAGUAAGCCUCAUUGAAUUCAGUAGGACUUGCCUCUGAGCAGGCGCACAUAUGAUUGUAUGGGUACAUUAGGGAAGAAAGUCUCUGUGUAGUUACUCAGAAGUAACUGCACUGCUUUCAGUGGAUUUACUCCCUGGUAGGGAUGACUGAAUCCGUCCAUUUUGGUGUCUUGAUUUUGCAAUCUUAAUUUCAGUUCUCCACAUUAGUGUUCUUUUUAUAUAUUUUUCAAGAAGAGGUACUCUUGAAAAUUUGUCAGCAUUUUAGUCUGUUUCUCCUAAAAUGCACAUUUCUUUGUACAGUACAGUAUGUACAGUAUGUUGUUUUGCCUAAUACAUCUUUGCAAAGCAAUUAUCUGCAAUAGUAUGCAUAAGUUACUUUCACCAAUAUGCAGUUCUAAUUGAUAUGGGACCCAUGUGCCCACACUUACCCGGGAGUAAUCCCCACUGAACGCAGUGCAAUUUGAAUCUGAGCAAACGGCACAGUUUGGCCUAGUAGUCGGAGUCUUUGCCUAAGAGCAAGAGAGCUGGGUUCAAAUCUCUGUCUCGUGUGUGAGACCCACUGGACAGCCCUGGGCCAGCCGAGGAUUCACCCUCUGCUUUAACCUCACAAGAGGGAGAGUCCGCACUGCGGGACACAAAGUGUUCAGCCCGAGUCUUUUCUGUGCCAAGAACUCACUUAGUGGUCCUGUGCGGUUCAGCCUUGGCUGCCUUACCUGCUCUGGGGAGAGAAUACUAGCCUAAAUAAAGAUCGGGGAAGGACUUUUCUUUCUGGCAUAUUUAUGCCAUCUCCCUGCCAAGGAGCUCUGGGUGCCUGGCGUGUAAUUUCCCUCCUCUCCCGUUAUUCUUUCGACAACCCUGUGAGGUAGGAGACGGGGACUGAGCCAUGGCCACCCUGUGGAUUUCAUAGCUGAGCAGGGAUUCAACUGGCCGUUCUUGCCUUCUGCCUAUUGCUUGUGAAAUGAUUCAAACACUUUCGGAGACUCCAUGGGGGUGACCAAUGUGGUUCCAUCUGGAUGUUGUUCAUUAGUGUAUUGCAGGCACGUCCAACUCCCAAGAGACUGUGAUCUGCUCACUCUAUAAAAAUAUGGGCUGUGAUCUACUCAUGGUUAUUUAUUGACAGGCAAAAGUUGUGAGCUGUUUUUAGGGGAGCCAAAGCUUUUUCUGGUGGUGGGGGAGAAGAGAUCUACUGUGAUCUACUACAGGCGUCCAGUGAUCUACCGUAGGUGUCCAGUGAUCUACUGGUAGACCACGACCUACCUGUUGGACAUGCCUGGUGUAUUGCAUUUCUAUACUGCCUCUUUCUGAGCUCACGGUGGCAGACCCCAUCCUCAACAACUCUGUGACAGGCAGGGUGGGCUGACAGGCAGAGAGCGGCUCAGGAUCAGACCCAGUGGACUUGAUGGAUCAGUGGGGAUUUGAAACUUGGUGUCUCCAAGGUUUUAGCUCCUCUCUCUCCCUCCCCUCUAAUAAAUUAAUAAUAAUAAUAAUAAUAAUAAUAAUAAUAUAUUUUUAUUUAUACCCCGCCCUCCCCAGCCAAGGCUUACAAGCAAUAAUAAAAACAAGAUGAAUGAUUACAACUUAAAAACAAAAAUAAAAUACAACAUUAAAAUAAUGGAACAUCAAAAUAUUAAAAUGUAGCCUCAUCGCAGGAUGAGAAGGAAAGGAAAAAAGAAAGAGAGGGAGGGAGGGAAUCAAAUUGGCUCCAGGCCAAAGGCCAGGCGGAACAACUCUGUCUUACAGGCCCUGCGGAAAGAAAUCAGGUCCUGCAGGGCCCUGGUCUCAGGAGACAGAGCGUUCCCACCAGGCCGGAGCCAGAGUUGAAAAGGCCCUGGCUCUGGUUGAAGCCAAUCUAACUUCCUUAGGGCCCGGGACCACUAGGGUGUUGUUAUUUAUGGACCUUGAGGCUCUCCAUGGGGCAUACCAGGAGAGGCGGUCCCGUAGGUACGAGGGUCCUAGGCCGUGAAGGGCUUUAAAGGUCAAAAGCAGCACCUUAAAUCUGACCCUGUACUCCGCCGGGAGCCAGUGCAGCUUGAAAAGCACUGGGUGAAUAUGCUCCCAUGUCAGAGACCCCGUGAGGAGCCUCGCUGCAGCAUUCUGCACCCGCUGGAGUUUCUGGGACAGCUUCAAGGGCAGCCCCGCGUAGAGCGAAUUACAGUAGUCAAGCCUGGAGAUGACCGUUGCAUGGAUCAUUGUGGCCAGGUCGGGGCGGGAGAGAGAGAGAGAGAAUUGUAGAGUCAGAAGGGACCAUCUAGUCCAACCCCCUACAAAGUCAUGGCAGGACCUUCCUGCAAUAAAAUAGAAGUCUGGUAGGGCCUUGAAUUGGGUAGAAACUGAUGAAGGCCAAGGCAACCAGCCCUGUGUGUGUACCUGCUCUCUCUCUCUCUCUCAGCCUUUGGGGUGGGGAACCUGACUAAGCUCACUAACUUAACUGCAAGAAUGCCAGUGUGCUUGGAGCCCUUUGCACGAGAGGAGGCACAGCGAAACAUCAGACAUUGAAAACUUCCCCAAACAGGGCUGCCUUCAGAUGUCUAUGGAAAGUCAUAUAAUUGUUCAUCUCCUUGACGUCUGAAGGGAGGGUGCCACUACCGAGAAGGCCCUCUGCCUGGUUCCCUUGUAACUUCGCUUUUCACAGUGAGGGAACUGGCAGAAGCCCCUCGGAAGAGGAGGAGAAGGAGGACCUCAGUGUCUGGGCUGAACGAUGGGGGUGGAGCCGCUCUUUCAGGUAUACUGAAGGUCAGUACCAACACUUUGAAUUGUGAUCGGAAACAUACUGGGAGCUGACGUAGAUCCUUUAGGACCGGUGUUAUAUCGUCCUGGUGGCCGCUCCAGGUUACCAGUCUAGCUGCUGCAACCUGGAUUAUUUGUAGUUUCGGAGUCAGCUUCAAAGAUGGAGAAGCAGGACUGUUUUUUUCCACUGUUGGGUUGCUUAGGAAUGAGAAGUGGGGGAGAAUGUUGGCUUCCUUGCAGUGUUUGCACGUAGACUCUUCUUUAGCACCACUCUGCAGUAGACAGACAGUGUUUUAUUUAUGUUACACAAUUUAUACAGGGAAGGCACCUGCUUCAUAUUGAUAGGCGAGGAGUUCCAAAGUGUAGGCCCUGCCACGCUAAUGAUACAUGUCACAUAACCUCUGGAUUGUGGGGGUGGCUCUGUGGAGGAAUGAUGAUCCCUGCCCUAUAUCAGAGGAGAUAAGUAGGUGACUCUCUGGCCCUUUGGCUGGUAUAUCCAAAGGACAUUAACAGGGUUUUAGAGAGCUGAUCUUUCUGAGCUAUAUCAAUGAGGAUUGUUGUUUCAUUUUUUAAAAGAAGUGUCCAGCCUUGUUUUAAGGGGGUGACAGAAGACCUGGUCAGGGACCUAUAAUGUGGGGAUCCAUAGCAUAGAAAAUGGGUUGCAGGGGUCCCCAAACUAAGGCCCACGGGCCGAAUAAGGCCUGAGGGACUCGUUUAUCCGGCUCGCGGUGACACCCGCUGCCGCUGCCCGCUUUUACCGGCGCUGCGCUGUGCGGCUGCCCACUUCCGGGUCGGAGGAGCACCGGAAAUAGCUUGUGCGCAUGUGCAAGCAUUAUUUGCUCAUGCGCAAGCAUUAUUUCUGGUGCACAUCCAGGUCGGAGGAGGCCCAUGCACAUGCACACAAGCGAUUUCCGACCCGGAAGUGUGCCGGAAAUGGCGUGUGCGCAUGCGUAUGGGCACAAGCUUCCCCGCGUGAUCGGCGCUGGAGACACCAGCUGCCUCCAGCUGUUGUGGGCAGCAGCCAUGACUAGCCCUCUUCUCCUCGUGACUCCCCAGGUUUCAGGCUGGGGCCUGUCCCAGCCCUACCUGCAGAUGCUGGGUAGUGUGCCUUCUGCAUGCCAAGCAGCUGCUCUGCCACUGAGCAGCAGCUCUUUCUGGGAAGAGGUGGGCCGAGGGGUUCUUUAGCUGCGCAGGCAUAUUCCUUCACUUGCUUUCAAAACGUGGGGAGCCGGCCCUGCUGUGUUUGGGGCCCGCCUGAUGGCGCUGCAGGAACAGAGCCCCCACCAACCCACAUGUAGCCCCCCCUACUUGUUGCCAUAUAUGUUGCGGCCCAACCUCAAAGGAUGCCUCCAUCAGCCGUGAUACCACUUUGGUUGGCAUUUGCAUUUUACAGUGAUAUCACUUUGGUUGGCAUUUGCAUGUUAGCAUUUGCAUUUUACAGAGAGGCCCAGAGAAGCGUUUGGCUUCAUGGCUCUUGCUUCUGAGAAAAGAGAAGUGAAAGACCAGAGAGCUGACCUGGAAAAGCACCUUUUCCUCUCUGUUUCUCUUGAAACAGAACUACUUCUGUGUGCAGAAAGCACUCCUGCCAUGACUUUGUAGGGGGUUGGACUAGAUGGUCCCUUCUGACUCUACCAUUCGCGCUCUCUCUCUCUCUGGGAAGAGCAGGAAGCUUUUUGGAACUGGAGAAAUCUGAGACCAAAGGGACGCGGGUGGCACUGUGGUCUAAACCACUGAGCCUCUUGGGCUUGCUGAUCAGAAGAUCGGCUGAUUCGAAUCCCCGCGAUGGGGUGAGCUCCCGUUGCUCGGUCCCUGCUCCUGCCAACCUAGCAGUUUGAAAGCACACCAAAAAGUGCAAGUAGAUAAAUAGAUACCACUUCAGCGGGAAGGUAAAUGGUGUUUCCGUGCGUUGCUCUGGUUUCGCCAGAAGCGGCUUAGUCAUGCUGGCCACAUGACCCGGAAAAACUGUCUGCGGACAAACGCCAGCUCCCUCGGCCUGUAGAGCAAGAUGAGUGCCGCAACCCCAGAGUCGUCUGCGACUGGACUUAACUGUCAGGGGUCCUUUUUCAUUUUUCAUUUGAGACCAAGGAUGUGGCGCAUUGGGUCCCAGAGUAGGCAGUGUUCCCCCUGGGGGGCAGUGGGAUUACCAAGGAGGCAGCAGUGGGGCACUGGAGAUAGGUCCUUCCAAGCAUGCUGAUUGCUUAUUCACAAUUGACCAGGCUGGAGCAGUGGCAGAGCAGGCUUUCACUGCGCCUGGGAUGCGUGGCGCAGAGUGCGAACAGAGCACUUCCACAGUAAUCCAGUUUUGAAGUAACCAGUGCAUGAACUAUUGCAGCGAGGCUUUCAGUGAUCAGUGAGUGGUUGUCCCCCCUUAUUAAAACCUGCACAGUGAGGUGGUGAUCCCUUGCAUCACUGAUCCAGAAUGAUGAAAGGAUUUGGCAGUCAAUGUGGUUUGUAAUCUGCCAGGAUACUGAACAGCAAAACCAGAAAAGCUUAAGACAAUGGGUUUUGUAAUGCUUUGCGCUGCAGGCCUUGAAAGCCAGAGCUGUUAAAGUAGUACCUGAUAAGCCUGCAAGGCAUGCCAGGAAUUGCAUAACCCUGAGAAGCUGAGCCUGACUCACGACUGGGGUUAGGAAGCCUCUGAAGGACCUACGUGUCAGGAUUAAGAUGUAGUAAGAUUCAACGUGGGAGGUGUUGUUGUUGUUGUAGUAGUUAAAAUUUGUAUACUGCCAUUCAACUGAAGAUUACGGGGUGGUUCACAACAUAAACAUACAAAAUGAGAACACAAAAUACAUAAUUAAACAAAACAAACAAACCAACCAACCAACCAAUAAGCUCCUUCCCACAGACACAUUUAAAAGGCCUGGGAGAAGAGGAAUGUUUUUGCCUGGUGCCUAAAGAUAUGUAAUGAAGGCACCAGCUGAGGCUCCCUAGGAAGAGCAUUCCACAAAUGGGGAGCCACCGCAGAAAAUGCCUGUUCUCAUGUUGCCACUCUCAGGACAUGAAAAAGGGCCUCAGAGGAUGAUUGCAGGUUCUGGAUCAGUCCAUAUGGGGAGAGGCGGUCCUCCAGGCCCUUUAUGACUUAAUGCCCAAUACUGCCCUUCAGGUUUCUGCAGUGUCACCAGGUAGGAGGUGUGGCUGAUUUUGUUUAUGGGUGCUCUCCUUGCGCUUGUUUAAUUGCCAAGAUCAUAGACUCCACAAUCUGCACAUUAUAAAGAAGCAAUGGGUGCAGAAUCCUUUGCAUUUCCAAAAACGAUUUUAAAAAAAAAAGUUGUGAAGGCAGGUUUGAAAGUGCCUGGCGACAUUUCUGAAGCAAAGAAGCAGGGAAGGUGCCUUCUCCUGAGUAAGGAUAAUGGGUCAUCUAGCUGAGUAUUGUCUACACCAGGGGCUCCCGAAGUGGGUGGUAGUAUCCCUUGGGGGGCAGUGGGGUUGCCUGCCGGGGUUGCUGAAGGUGUAAAUGACUAUUAAACUUUGCAGAGAAGGUAUUGAUGGAUCAUGCUCAUCCAUUUUGUUGAAUUAACGGAACUAAAUCACUUUAAUUGGAUUUUGAGUCAAUGCGGCAUUGAUUCUUACAGUUUUGAAUUUUCUUGUGUUAUUGUCUUCCUUGGUGGGUUGGGCAAACCAAUUUCCCGAGCACAUGGAGCCAAGGUGGGAAUGGCCCCCAAAAGCUUGGGAACCACUUGUGUACACUGACUGGCAGGAUGUUGGCGCCUGAACCCAGGACCUUCUCUGUGCAAAGCAGGUGCUGAACUAGGGCCCCUUCCCUGAGCCUUCCUGGCUUUGGAGUCCUGCACAGCUCUGACCCUCAAUUCAACCAAUUAUUUCAUAUCCUUCUGCUGCUAUGGGGAGUGUGCCUGUGUGGCAGGAUGUCCUCCCAGGAUGACCGCAGCCCUCCGUCCCUUCUGGGAGACAGACUGACCUCAUUGCUGCCUUGCAGGGUGUUGCCUCAUUGCUGACCUCUCCUCUCCGUUCUGGAAAAAUGCCACACUUCAGCCAAUGUUGUUGUGGAUGACCGGGGAAGGGCUAUAGCUCAGUGCUGGAGCAGGGUCAGUCCUCCAUGGCAUCCUCACAUAGGCCUCUCCUGGCUUGAAACUUUGGAGAGCUGUUGCCUGUCUGUGUGGGGAAUACUGAGCUAGAUGGGCCCAAGUGUCUGACUCUGCAUAAGGCAUGUUCCACAUUAAGAUUGAUAGAAUCGUAGUUGAUCAAUAGGUAAAGGUAAAGGGACCCCUGACCAUUAGGUCCAAUCGUGACCAACUCUGGGGUUGCGGUGCUCAUCUCGCUUUACUGGCUGAGGGAGCCGGCGUUUGUCCGCAGACAGUUUUUCCGGGUCAUGUGGCCAGCAUGACUAAGCCCCUUCUGGUGAGCCAGAGCAGCGCACGGAAAUGCCGUUUACCUUCCCGCCAGAGCGAUACCUAUUUAUCUACUUGCACUUUGACGUGCUUUCGAACUGCUAGUUGGGCAGGAGCUGGGAUCGAACAAUGGGAGCUCACCCUGUUGCGGGGAUUCAAACCACCAACCUUCUGAUUGGCAAACCCUAGGCCCUGUGGUUUAACCCACAGCGCCACCCACGUCCCUAGGGGCCCAAAAUGGAGCCUCCCUAAAACAGCUUGGGGUUCUCUCCUCUUCUGGCACACACCACACCAGCCCUGAUCUGCACCCUCCUCAAGGGUUUUUACCUCCUUGAACUCCGACAAAGAGUUGCCCCAAACAUUAAGACGGUGCAGCAAUAACAAAACUUCUUCCGGAAAUAUUAGACAGUAAGGAAAUUUUAAGCACAUGGCUACAGCCUGACGAUUAACAGUGUCUGUUUCAGCGUAACUUCCUCUGCAACUUCUGAAACUGCCACACAUUUAGCAAUUCUAUUCUUGGCAGAUCCCACAAUAAUCUGAACUUCUGCAUUUAGUGAGCCGGUUAAAAAUUAGCCAUGGCUUCCUCCAUUGGUGUGUAUCUAGCCUAGGCCUUAGUGCUGAGCAUCUUACAUACAUUUACAUAAUGCAGCGCAUGGCCUUGAUCCGUUCUUAGUUGCUCCAUCUUGAGCAAUCUGCCACCCAUUUGAAAUUUUCAUUUUAAUGCCCCAGUUACUUCUCUGAAGUAAGCCUAUGCAUACAAUUCCAAAGCAGCAUCUAAGAGACCAGCUCAUUACAAAGGAUGCUCUUUCAUCCUGUUUGUUUGUUUAUACCCUAUCUGCUUGAUUCCAAAUUCCGAUCCUUCACCUCUCAGGUUUUUAGCUUGCCCUGUGUUAAUAACUUUGCCAAAUCAGGAUUUGUUCCAAGAUAAGAGCAUUUUCCAGGAGAGUUUAAUACACACAAAGUUGGAAAACCAUGUUUAGUGUGGUCGUCAUCAUCUCCUCCUCCUCCACUUUUCAGUAACACACCACUUUUGUUGUGAAGGGAAAGCAGGCCCACAAAAUCGGUAGCAUGCAAUCAGUUUGCAUUGAGACACUGCAAUGUUUUCCCAUAAAAGGUAACCAGUCCCACCUCCCCACCCCAAAUCCCAAGCUGCUAUUUGCAAUAAAUGGUAAAUUCAGGGGCAAAUAGCAGCCAGGGGAGGGCGAUUUGGGAUGGGGAAAUGGUGGAGAGACUCACUCCAGAUUUGCAGCAUGCUCCUGAUUGAGGUUCCAUGUUUCUGCUUCCUAGGCAUGCUACUUUAGGCAAUGGAGCGCAUAAAUGAGCCCUUCUGGACCAGACCAAAGGUCUCUCCAACCCAGCAUCUUGUUCUCAAAAGCAGGACUUGAGUGCGACAGCAGCUCUCCCCACUUGUGAUUCCCAGCAACCAGUGUUCAGGGGUAGACUGCCUCUGACAGUGGAGGUGCCAAACACACUAGUAGCCUCUGGAAGGCCAACCCUCUUUCUCCCUGUUCUCUCCUCCGUAGGGUGAGGAGGUAGCUAGCAUGUUUGGUUAGCUGUGGAUUGGGCCAGUAGCCCAAAGUUCAGGAAAGCUGUGAGCUGAUCUGCUUACAGCCUUCUUGUUUCCAUCAUGGCUUUGAGGUUCAAAAUAAAUGUGCCCACAGACAGUCGCUGACUCAUCUGCUGUAAAUAUGUGUGCAGAUCUAUCUAUUUUGGCCUCCCAGCAGACGGGCUGAACUUCCUCUUUCGUCCCGUGCUGCUUACUUUUUGUAAUGACUUUGUCCUUUUAUCAUUAUGCCACAGUUUUAAAAGCCCUGUUGUAAUGGGGACUAUAACUGUUUUUAGGUUCCAGGGUUUCAGGCAGUGGCGAGUAGGGUGUCUCUCCCAGCCUGAUGCAGAGACACCAGGGAUUGAGCUUGAGACUUUCUACACGAGGCCAGAGGCUCUCUUACUGAGCUGUGGCCCUGCCAUAAUAUAGUCUAUUGAGGCAUGCGCAGCUCUUGGCACCCUGCAUUGGACUAGAUUGGUUAGACUAGAUGACCCUAGAGCCUCUGAGUUCUGCCCUGUAACUCCUCCCCUAGGGAAACCUUGCUUACUGAUCACUCACCCUGAUUUGUUUGUCUGGGGAGUUUAGCCUUGGCCAAUGAUUUAUUGCCACUGAGUACACAUUACCCCAUGCUUUCCAGUGGAUCCUCUUGCAACUCACUUUAUCACAAAAAUUAUUUGGGGUAGGGCAGUGGCAGUGGCAAAAGGUUUGCUGCUCCAGAGCACUCAAUCAACUUUAGUUGUGCAACCAGGCUUUGUCAGGAUGUGAUUAAAACCCACAUCGGAAUUAGUAACCAUCUAGAAGUGCCCUUUGUACACUAAUCCUUGAGGCAGCUUCUGAAAUAGGGUAGCCAGAGAGGCCUUCCUCACCUCUGGCAAUCGUAUGGGAGGUGGAAUUUCAUCAGGUGUUACUUGUUAGGUUGAAAGUCCCUUUUCUAUCCAACUAUUAAAGCUGCAGUCCUGUGUUUCAGAAGAUGUCUUAGCUGUGUGCUCCUUAACUAAACUGCAAACAUGGCACCUCACUAAUACCGCUCUACGCAGGCAUGGCCAAACUUGACCCGCCACAUGUUUCUGGACUACAAUUCCCAGCAUCCCUGACCACUGGUCCUGUUAGCUAGGGAUAAUGGGAGUUGUAGUCCCAAAACAUCUGGAGGGCCAUGCCUGCUCUACAGCCAUGGUGAAAGGACUCCAACUCCCAUCAGGCCCUGAGCCAGCAAGAUGAAUAUUGCAUGUUCAGCUCAUAGCAUCCUCUCAUUGUGACAUUUUUUUGGUUGCACACUCCUUGUUUAAAUGUAUAGUUAUAGAUACCAAAGGUGUUUUGCAGCCCCCUUCACAGACCAUGAAAUUGGGGCCAUUUUGGUGGGGAUGGUUGCACAGUUGUCAGAGCAGCGGGGAGACUCUCUCAUAGCUCUGAUGGGACUAGCAGCCACAGUCUUGUCCAUUUGGGGGGGAAAGGCAAGCAAGCAGCUCCAAACAGGAGGCUAGAAGUCAGUACAUCUGAACUGGGAGAAUUUGCCCAAGUUCUCUUCCAUUUCUUUCCACUUUUGCUCCCUAGGGCUCUGAGGUCCGGCCAGCUCAAUUCCAGCCUUGCUAGACACAAAAUCCCAUGUCAUGGAUGUGGCCUGCAGGCCACAGACCCAAGAGAUUGCUGGUUCACAUCAUGGUGGCCUAAUUGCUGUCCCCAGCCAAGGAAACAGCAGCCCAUUUCCAGGAACCUCAGCCUGCCUCCAAGACCCUAGGCUUAUUCCUAAAAGUAUUCCUAAAUUGUUUUCUCUGAAAUAUGCAAAAGCAACAAUUAAGGUUCAACAGUACCACCCACACAGAAGUACUAAAUAACAGCUUAAUUACAUGUAAUUGUAAGCCAUUUCAGUUUUUAAACAAAGGUAUCACUCCACAAGUUGCCACAUGUCCUCAGAGGCCUCUAGCUCUGUUUUCUUGAUGUUGCCUAUGUUAUAAAGCCAUGUCAGGUGGAUUGAAAAGGAGUGGGGGGUUUUUUUCCGUUUGACUCUCUCGGAUGCCGGUUGUCAGUUUGCCCAUUAAUACUCCGCUGUGGUCUAAACCACUGAGCCUCUUGGGCUUGCCAAUCGGAAGGUCGACAGUUUGAAUCCCUGCAAUGGGGUGAACUCCCAUUGUUCGGUCCCAGCUCCUGCCAACCUAGCAGUUCGAAAGCACGUCAAAGUGCAAGUAGAUAAAUAGAUACCACUUCGGCGGGAAGGUAAACUGCCUUUCCAUGCGCUGCUCUGGUUUUGCCAGAAGCGGCUUAGCCAUGCUGGCCACAUGACCCGGAAAAACUGUCUGCGGACAAACGCCGGCUCCCUCAGCCAGUAAAGCGAGAUGAGCACCGCAACCCCAGAGGUCCUUUACCUUUACCUUUUAAUACCCCAGUAGGUCUGCAUUUAGAGUCUUCCACCCUUAAUUUCUUUUUACUGCCUGCUUUUGCCUGUUGGAAGAGCAAUGGAGUUCUUGGCUAAUGGAGGGCGGUGACUUGAGCCCUGUGAAUAAUUAGCUGUUUGGACACAGCUAAGAACAUAGCUGUGGGCUAAGACAUGGGCUAAGAACAUGCAGCUGUGAGAAACAAAAGAACCGAUCUACAUCCUCCGUGUCCCAUGUUCCCACAGAAGCCGUGCCAGUCUUUGUCUGCAGUCUGCUUCUGGUCCUCUGACCUUGGGACGUUUGCUCCGCCGCAGGUUAGCUCCUGCUCCGGACAUGAUGUGAUCUGACUUCCCUUUUUUUUAAAAAAAACAACAACAAUAUUUAUUACUUUUGCAACAAUUUAAACACACACACAAAAAAAAGAAGAAAAAAAAAAGAACAAUACAAUACAUUACAAAAACACUACAUAACACCUUAAACUAACAAAACAAAAACAAUUUAAAAGACAUCAAACAAUUUCAAUAUCUUAUCUUUCAUUCACUUAUUUCAGUGACCUCCUCACACCUCCCUUUUUGUAUUCCACUUCUGUUGAUUGUUUCAGCAAUUCCUUUCCAUCUUCCUCUGCUUUCUAUCCUUUAAUUAUCUUAACAGAUUCUAACCUUAUUUUUCCCUUUAAUACUCUAUUGAUCUAUUUAUACUUAAUUCCUUAUAACAUUUCUACUAAAGCCGUAUGACUUCAUUCCAACAUUUUUCUAACAUUCAUUAAUUUUACAGUAUUUCUGUAAAUAGUCUUUAAACUUUUUCCAAUCUUCUUCCACCGACUCUUCUCCUUUGUCUCGGAUGCGAUCUGACUUCCCACCCAAGAUUCAGAUCCGCAGGCCAGGGAGCCUUUUGUGAGAGAUCCUUUUGUUUUUUGGAGUUUUUGUUUUGUUUUUUGUUUUUGCAAAGGGAGUAUUUCUAAAAAGACAAUGCAUUAUGAAGGCAUCAUAAGUCGCCGAGUUGAGAGGGACCCCCCAGGAAUCACCUAGUCCAGCCCCCUGCAAGUCAGAAAUCACAGCUGCAGAAUACCUGGCAAAUGGCCAUCCAACUUCUGUUUGAAUACCUGCAAUGAAUCACAGAACUUUAGAGUUGGAAGGGACCCUUAAACAUUCAGCUGCAGUCUCCUUUCUUGUCCUUUGGUUUGGGUCCUCCCUUCUGGUAAAGGUAAAGGUAAAGGGACCCCUGACCAUUAGGUCCAGUCAUGGCUGACUCUGGGGUUGCGGCGCUCAUCUCGCUUUAUUGGCCGAGGGAGCCGGCGUACAGUCAUGUGGCCAGCAUGACUAAGCCACUUCUGGCGAACCAGAGCAGCACACGGAAAUGCCGUUUACCUUCCCGCUGGAGCGGUACCUAUUUAUCUACUUGCACUUUGAUGUGCUUUUGAACUGCUAGGUUGGCAGGAGCAGGGACCGAGCAACGGGAGCUCACCCCGUUGUGGGGAUUUGAACCACCAACCUCAGUGGUUUACACCACAGCGCCACUCGCGUUCUGGAGCAGCCGACAAUAAGCUGGCUUCAUCUUCCAGCCCUUUAGAUAUUUGAAGAUGGUUAUUGUGUCACCUCUCUGUCUUACUUUGCAGCUGUAUCUCCUUUGGCAGCUGCUUCAGAAUACCUGCAUGUCUACCUGGGCAAACAGCUUUUUGCUGUGGGUGGUGUGAGCAGUCACCCUCUCUGUGGUAGACGGAGGCACCUGUGGUAGAGACAGAGGGGCUUAACUAUGUCGGAGUACAUAUGAGUUUCAAAGCCCUCUUAAAGAGUGGCAAGACCCUGGCGCCUGUUUGCUUUUUCCAGUGCCAAUUGUACUGGUCCAGUUUGCAGGUUGGCCACUGUGAGAGCAGGAUGCUGGACUAGAUGGGCGCCCUUUGGCCUGAUCCUGCUGGCUCUUCUGAUGUUCUGAGGUGCCCAAAGCAUGAAGCACAAAAUCUGUGUCCAGAUGGAAAUAGCAGUGCUUUGCAUUCAUGUCUUUGCUUUUAAUGCAGACAUAUUUCAGUGGCCAAAAGACUUUGCUUUGCAUCCUGCCUGACUGGCAACGAUGGAAGGGCCAUAACUGGGAGAAAAGUAUCAGCAGAAUACCCUGUGUAGGAUGAUAUGCAUUCUGUAUCCUUGACUAAAAGCUACAGUAGCACAAAUGGGUCUUAAGAGGCUUCUGUGUGGACGAAAUGGGUCGGUCCUUCCUAAUUGUUUAUUUAAAAUCCCAAUGAGCAAAAAUGUCCGGAAGAACCAAUUAUCGCAACCAAUGUAACAAGAAGCCUGACUUUGGCUUUGCAAGAGAUUGCUGUUCCUUUGUCAACCCACUACUUAAUACUUUGCUUCCUCUUGGUCCACACAGUUCUUUCUGCUCACAGUCUGUGCCCUUCCUUCCUCCCCCUCCCUCCCCCUCUGAAUGCAUUUUGUUCCCCAGCAAAUGGAUCCUAUGACUCCCUUUGCACAGCACAAAGUGUUCAUUCUUACCCCUGCUGCAAACCCUUCUGGGCUAUCGCUGGCUUUGUGCAAAGGCCAGGGGAAAGUUCAGAGGGGGUGCAGGGCUCGCUGAUAGGUUUGACCCAAGGUGACCAGUGAAUGCAGAACCUCAGCGGACCCUGAUAGGCUUUAUCCAGGGUGCGCUUCCUCAUGCCAUACGUCUGGGGAACUUGCUUCCACUGGAGGCGAUGAUGGCCGCCUACGUGGAUUGGGCGGAAGGAUGGAGGGCAAGGGGAUCAAUGGCUGCUAGUCACAGUGGCUCUGCUGUCUGCAUGCUUCUGAAAACCAGUUGAUGGAACCCCAGGAGGGGAGAGGGGUCCUGUGCGCGGGUCCUGCUUGCAGGUUUCCAAUUUGGGCAUCUGGUCGGUGGCUGUGAGACGAGGAUGCUGGAGCAGAUGGGCCAUUGACCUGAUCCAGAAGGCUCUUUUCAUGUUUUUACCAAUGAAUGGAGACCUUUGGCGGACAGUGAUAGGCUUGACACAAGGUGACCAAUGAACAGAGACUUUGGGGUAUGGUUACCAGAUGCCCCCGUUUCCUGGGGCAAGUCCGGGGCAAGUCCCGGAUUUACAAAUAUGUCCCCGGACAAAAUCCGUCCCCGAAUUUCAUUUAAUGUCCCCUGAUUAAUAUUUUAAGUGUUGUUGAUUUAUUACGCCCUCCCUUCAGAUGUGAAGGAAAUAAGCAGCUAUCUUUAAAAGACAUCUGAAGGCAGUCCUGUUUAGGGAAGUUUUUAAUAUUUAAUGCUGUAUUGUUUUUAACACUUGAUUGGAAGCCGUCCAGAGUGGCUGGGGAAACUCAGCCAGAUGGGCGGGGUAUAAAUAAUAAAUUAUUAUUAUUAGUAGUAGUAGUAGUAGGGAAUGAAUGUUGUGUGAUUGGUUCAACAGGACACAUCAUAUGGGGACUUCCGGUGAGGAAAAAUGGCGGGCGCCAUGGCAGCAAGCAGCUCCUGAAGCCAGCCAGAGCCAACUGCGCUACCAGCCUGGCUCCGGGCUGCUGAGACUGCCGCUGCUACUGCUGAGGGGGAACUGGGGGACACCUGGCGCGUCAACUGGGGGAACCGCUGACCCCUCCAUGACCAAAAUCAAGCUGGGAGUGAGAGCGCCCGGCUGACUGCCCAGUGGUGCUCCGAGACAAGUAAAAAUUUGAACUCAUCCAGUGAAGCUGAAUGUUAGAAGAUUCAGGACAGAAGAAAAAAGUGCUUCUUCACACAGCACACGGCUAAACGAUGGAGCUCACUUCCACAGCAGCCAGCGAUGGGCACCAACUUGGAGGGCUUUAGAAGAGGAUUAGAUAAAUUCCUGGGCUGCCGAGGACUCCUAGUCACGAUGGCUCUGCUCUGCCGCCACAGCUGGAGGCAGAAAUCUUUGGAAGGCCAGUUGCUGGAAACUACAGGAGGGCAGAAGGGGCUGUUGUGUUUCGAUCCUGUUUGCAGGUUUCCCACAGGCAACUGUUCAGCCACUGUGAUAACAGGGUGCUUGACUAGUUGGGCCAUUGGCCUGAUCCAGUAGGCUCUUCUUAUGUUCUUAAAGGCAAAGGGACUUCUGACCAGUGGCGGACGACUUUGGGGUUGCGGCACUCAUCUCACUUUACUGGCCGAGGGAGCUGGUGUACAGCUUCCGGGUCAUGUGGCCAGCAUGACUAAGCCGCUUCUGGCGAACCAGAGCAGCGCACAGAAACGCCGUUUACCUUCCCGCCGGAGUGGUACCUAUUUAUCUACUUGCACUGGUGUGCUUUCGAACUGCUAGGUUGGUAGGAACAGGGACCAAGCAACGGGAGCUCACCCCGUCGUGGGGAUUCGAACCGCCGACCUUCUGAUCGGCAAGCCCUAGGCUCUGUGGUUUAGACCACAGCGCCACCCGCGUCUUACAACUGGCUUAAAGCGGUUUGACUUUCAGAUAAGAGGGAGCAUUUUCUCCUGUCCUCAUUAUUUUUUCCUUCUGCUCAUUUUCCUCUUUCCUAGGCUCUGCUUUUUUCUGCUAUUGCUCAUUUCCUCGUUAUCUCGGCUCCACAUUCCUGCAGACUAGAAUUUGGGAGUUGGCCCUCGUUCAGCUCAUACUGAAACAAAGCCACAUUCCAAGACUUGUAGACAAGUGAAGUGAGUGUUGCUUGGGCACCUGAAAACUUGUGUAGAAACACCUUUUUGGAAAACAUUUAUUUACUUUUGAUUUUAAAGGUUUGUUCCCUCCCCCCAUCCUGGGUACGCAGGUCAUAGGGAGGCCAAUCUUGGGUAGGAUUAGAGGCAGUGUUCAAAGUCUUGACUCAAAAAAAGGUUGAAUCUUAAAAGGUUCUAUUUUCUGGUGCCUAGUUUCUGGUAAUAAAUUCCUACCCUGUCUGGUGUUGUUGGACCUGCUGGGGCGGAUUCUGUGGAACCAGUCAGAGGUGUCCUUCCAGAUGUUGCUGGCCGCAGUUUGUUUCCCUGAGUGCUGGACAUGCUGGCUGGGGCCCAAUGGCUGUUGCAGGGCAGCAACAUCUGGGCGGCUGCAGGUUCCCCAUCAUGGGCUGAAUGAGAUUCAGCUGCUCAGCCUCGCUCCUCCGCCAUGGGGGUCAUAAGUGCCUAGUAGGUAGAGGAGGCAUAAAGUUGCCUCCAAGGAAGACUGGAGGGUGAGGGCAGGAAAUCCCACUGAUCAUCUCCUUGCCUUUGGGACAUCUCUGUCCUUGAAGCCAGUCUGGAAUAGUCCAGGAGCGUAGGAAGUUGCCUUAAUCCCAGCCAGACCAGCGGUUUUCUUAGCUCAGCAGUGUCUACACGGACUGGCAGCAAGGGUCCUCCAAGAUUUCAGACCAGGAGUCUCACCCAACCCUACUUGGAGAUACUGGGGAGACCCCUGAACUGCCCUGAGACCCCCCUGGGUAUAGGGUGGUAUAUAAAUUCAGUAAAUAAAUAAAACCUGGGGCAUUUUGAGCCGCACCCCUUCCUUUCUUGGCAAGCCAGAUUCUGCAUACAAUUUUAAAGCCAAAAUAUUGUUCAAGGAUGGAUUUCCUCCCCUUUCCAAACAGAGUACUGAUCCAAAACUUAGCAAUUAAUGUAAAAGCAGGAGCUGUUUUUCAGCACAGCCAAGGCCUCUGCAAGAGCUGUCCAGCUGUUCUCCCCUGAGGUGGUGACACAUCUCAGACCACAGCAUAUUUCAUCUAAAUAGGAAUAAUGUGGUGAACCCUAGAAAGAUGAAUAAUAUACUUUCUAGACGUGGUUUUGGGCAUAAAUAUUUAUUUACGGUGCUGGGAGUGGGCGCAGAGGCCUCCCAGCUCUGAGAAAAACUAAACAGCUGAAUUGACACAAUCACCAUAUUUUUUAAUGGCUGUAAGUUGUUUUCAUUUGUAUUUAAUGUUAUUUUUAAUUCUGUAACCUGCCCUGGGACCUUAGGGUGAAGGAGGGGUAAUAAGUAAUAUCAGAAGGUUCCUCCAUAAGCACCAACUGUCCUAAAUCAAUACCACCUUUUUGGGGGGUCUUCAUUUUUGCCUUUUUGGGGAGUGGCACUAUUGCUAGUCAGCGUGGACCUGUGUCGGUCAACCUUGGGUCCUCAGAAGUGGUUGGACUACAAUUCCCAUCAUCCUUGGCCAGCUUAACCAAUGGUCAGGGAAGGUGAGAGGUGUAGUCCAACCACACCUGAGAGACCCCAGGUUGAAGGCCCUAUGGAGCUGGCUGGGCCAAAGGUCUGAGUCAGUAUAAGGCAGCUUCCAAAGCUGUUUCAUUUUUUACAAAUGAGAACUCACAGUUGAAAUGGUUCCAUGUCCCACAGCAGUCCAAUUUCCAUACACUCACUCCCAAGUCAGGAAAAAUGCUUUCCCCUGCCCAAGAUGACUCUAAAUACCAAAUUGACCACAAGGCUUCCAGCUCUGUGAAAGCUUCCCCGGUCAGUAACCCCUGGCUGCCUGCCUGAUUGGAAAGAAACUGGUGCAUUAUCUGCUAAAAGGGCAUUUGUGCAACGUCUUUGGUUUCUUGAGAUGCAUAACAAUGGUGGAGAAGAGUUGCAUGUCCUCUAACAUUUUGCUGAAGAUAAUUGCGGGGGCCUUUUGCACACUUGUUAGCCCUCAGCACCUGGUCCUGGAGGCGCUGGAUGCAGCAAGCUUGCUGAUGAGCAGAUGAAAGAAGGGUGUGGGCUGUAAAUGCAGCCAUAAAAUUAGUAAUGAAUAAUAGAAAGUCAAUAUCUAACCUGUUUGGUACUUCAAGUUCAAAUGAGAUAACGAACAUUCUAAUACUACUUGAUUAUAAUGAAACAUCAAAGUGGUGUGCUAAAAAUAAAACAAUGGGGGCUGUGCAACUAAUUUUUACCCAGAGUCGAAAUGGAGUAACUUUGGAAAGGGCAUGGCUGGCUUUAAAACAGGAGCACUCUGGGUUGUGACUCGGACAGACUUACAUUUUAAUCCUAUGCACACUUUCUUGGCAGUCAGCCCGCUUGAAAUUCCCACUGAACGUGUGAUUUCCAUAAUAGCAGGGAUAGUUUGAUCUUAUACUGGCCAGUUCAUGAAUCAAUCUAUGUUGACUGCAAGUAGCUCUCCAGGGUCUCAGGCAGGGAACAUUCCCCGUGCUGCCUGGAGACGCUGCUGGGAUGGGGAUGGGGCUGAACCCUGGACUUCCUGCUGUCAGGCUUGGCCUGCUCAGCUCUCCCAUGGAGGUUUUGAACUUGAGGGAUCAACUGGGAAGAGGAGGAGGUGGCUGUUUGGACAUGUGGGUUAGAAGCGUCUUGGUUCUCUGCUUGCCAAUGUGCCAUUAACUCCCCAGUUGGCUUUAAAAGAGGAUUAGACAAAUUCAUGGAGGAGGCGAGGGCGAGCAGCAGCUUCUGAGCAGGAUGGCUUUGAUCCUGCUUGCAGGUUUCCCACAGGCAACUGCGAGGAGAGGAUUCUGGACUCGAUGUUCUUCUGCCGGCUCUUCUGAUGUUCCGGAUGAAACGGCUCAGGGUGUGUCAGAUGGUAGCCUCUACUUAAAAUGGAGCCACAGACCAAGCUGUUAUUACAUGUGAUGCAAGGGAGGGUGAGCAGGUUCGGCCUUGAGCUGACCAUGUGAUUUUAAUUUGCUUUGCCCUGAAUGCAGCCACUGUAAUGAUAGACCAGGCAUUUGAGGAGACGCAACUGGGAAGAGACAGUGGGUUGACGGGCAAGUGGCUUUGCUGUUUUCGAUGAGAAGAGCCCCUGUGCCUCAGUGUGCGAUGUGAUGUGAUGAUGAACACCCCCAGUGUGGAGAGUUCCAGCUCUGGGGGCGCACGGUGUAACUAGAGGUCAAAGUUGAAAAACAGCAGACCAUGAAAUUAUUUUUUAAAAUGGACAAAAGUUAACCGUUUUAAGCACAGAUAUGCACAAUAAAAUCACUCUCACAGGAGGCUAGAUGGUUUUGAAAGAGGAUUAGACACAUUCAUGGAGGAAGAGAGGCCUGUUGAUGGCUACUGGCCAUGUGUCCAUACUCUGCCUCCACAGCCAGAGGCAGGGAUGCAUCUGAAUACCAGUUGCUGCAGGACUCUUGUGCUUGAACCCUCCUUGCUAGUUUCCUGUUGGGGCACCUGAUCAGCCCCUGUGAGAGGAGGGGGCUGGACUAGAUGGGCCCUGAUCCAGCAGGCUCUUCUUAGGUAAAGGUAAAGGGACCCCUGACCAUUAGGCCCAGUCGUGGCCAACUCUGGGGUUGCGGCGCUCAUCUCGCUUUAUUGGCCGAGGGAGCCGCGUACAGCUUCCGGGUCAUGUGGCCAGCAUGACUAAGCCGCUUCUGGCGAACCAGAGCAGCGCAUGGAAACGCCGUUUACCUUCCUGCCGGAGCGGUACCUAUUUAUCUACUUGCACUUUGAUGUGCUUUCAAACUGCUAGGUUGGCAGGAGCAGGGACCAAGCAAUGGGAGCUCACCCCGUCGCGGGGAUUUGAACCACCGACCUUCUGAUCGGCAAGUCCUAGGCUCUGUGGUUUAACCCACAGCAUCCCUCUUCUUAGGUAGCCUUGCCUAAAUAAAUAACAUCUUAGCAGGCAUCAAUUGGUUCCUGCUUAAGCAACUGGAUGAGAUCAUUUCCUGCAGGGAGGAGAUGCACCCUUCCCGGAAGGAACCUCUGGCCGAGGUUGACCAUGCAAGCCCAUCCUCCUGGCAAAAGGGACUGUGCGCCAGGCGAAGCUUGCCCACCUGGUUUGACCCACGUUAUCAGUCUCUCUAUUACGUGAGGCUCACAGUUGGGGGACAGCCAGCCCCCAAAUAGCAAUAGAGUGUCAGUAAGUUGGGACCAGUUUACCUGCGAGAUUGCCUAACCCCACAUGCUCCCACCUGGCCACUUCAGCCUGUGGAACUGGCCCUGUUGCAGGUGCCACAUAUGACCCAUUCCACGUUUGUAAGAUACCACUCUGGAACUCCCUGCCUGUUGACAUCAGUCUGGCCCCUUCACUGCACUCUUUUCAGCUAAAGGCAUCUUUCCCCAGGUAAGCCUAUGCAGGCAUUUAGAAAGCUGGUGUGAGUUUUAAUUAUUAUUGUUAUUUUAAUUUUUUGAAAGUCUUAAAUGAGUGUCUAUUUCUUAUUGUUUAUCUCUUUUUUUGAAAGAGCUUUGAGGUUUUGGCUUUUGUUUUUGUUUACAAUCAAGCAGUGCAUAAAUAUCCACAUUUUUACAAAGCCUUUUUUCCCAUUACAAGGGGAGGUUUUCACUGUCUCUCCCUGGUGCCACAGCCCUGUGCCAAAUUGAACCCCGUGCCCUGUUCCUGAGCUGCUUUUAAGCAGAGGGGAAAGACCCUGGGAGAUCCAGUCAUAUUUAGCCAUGCUCUUCCUGCUACAGACAGACCUUGGCUGCUUUUGGCUGCUGAGGCAGGAAACAGCUGGCUCUCUCUGCGCAUAAUCCUGCAGGCUUCUGUCCUCUGACAUCCCCUGGGGCAGGGAAGGUGGAGAGGCUCUGAACCCCCAGCUCACACUUCUUGUUUCCUCUGCUCUUGCAGCAGAGAGAGGGAUCACAAGACUCUGCUUUUGAGGGAAGGAGCCAGGCCUCUUCGUUUGACUCCCCACCUCCUGGGUCGCCUUCUUCCUGGGAGGGCUACCCAAACAGGCUGCUCUGUGGUGCUCACCUUCUGAGCCCUACAGCAUGGAUCACCGCCAGCCCACCCAUGAGGCCGGGUGUGAUGACUGCCUUGGGCGGCAGGAUCCACAGAGGCAGUGUCUGUGUGAAGUUAGUUUCACUUUUCGCCGAAAGCUAGAGAGAGCGAGUGCAUGGCACAGCAUGUGUCCAAGUUCGGAUGGACUUCUUUGUUUGGCUUGUAAAUAAACGCUGUUAAAGAGAGAAGAACAGUGUCUGGACUUUCCUUUCCUCCUUCUCACACAGAGGCAACCACUGCUGCUCUGUUACUGCUUGCAGACGUUAUCCACAGAGGCUUGUGCAGACAAAACGUGCAGAGUUUUUGCACAGAGGAAACGCACUGGACAGGCAGAAGUUCCACAGGUGCUGCUGGUUUCCCACUGUUAUGUGCUGAAGUUCUCACCCUGGGCCAGCAGGGGGAUACUGUAGAUAGUUUUCACUCAGGUCCACAUAUGCAAAUAAGGAAUUGAAAGUGACGUUCAGUGACUGGAUAGUUACAGAAAGUUGUUACUGUUGCGUUGUACUGGAGCUCUAUAUAAGCAGGCUGGCUGAACCCUUCAGUUCAGUUCUGUUCUGGCCUGUGAAUAAACAAGAGCUUUCUGAAGAAUUUCUGUGUCGUCUGAUAUGUUCACCCACAACUUAACACCCAUUCCCAGGGAGGAAAUGGCCAGAGCUGCCCUCUGGGGUCUCUCGGCAUCUGCACCCACCUGGUGUGAUUCGGAGCUUGUUUUCUGCUGGCGUGGAGGUCAGGAUCUAAAGCGGGGGACAGAAAGGUUUACCUUGCCUGGGCUGGUUCACUCCAGUGGAGAUCCCCCUGUGGACUGGAUUGUGUGUGCGUGUGAGUGCGCGUGCCCACGAUUUCUGGCCUCUGUGCAGAUGCGAUUUCCGGUGUCUGCAUCUGCGCAUUCCUGCAUUCUAGCGCUGCGCCAGUGAGUCCCCGCGCUGCGCCAGUGUGGUGUGGUGUGGUUAAGAGCGGUAGACUCGUAAUCUGGUUAGCCGCUUUGAGACUCCUUUGGGUAGUGAUAAAGCGGGAUAUCAAAUCCAAACUCCUCCUCCUCUUCUUCUUCUUCUUCGCCGCUGGUUUAGCACAGCACGCAGGGACUCGCCGAGUGGGCAGCUCCGUUCGGGAGUGGCUCGUGGGCCAGUUAAACGACCCCUGUGGGCCGCUUGUGGCCCAUGGGCCUUAGGUUGCCGACCCCUGAUCUAAUGCAACAGAUUCAAAGGAGAAGAAAGUAGAUUCCAACUAAACUUCAGGAAGAACUUUCUGAUGGUCAGAAAGCUGGCAGUGGAAAGGACUCAUUUGAAAGGUGGUGACUCUCCCUUUGCUGGAGGUUUUUAUGCAGAGUUUUCAGAAAUCACUGGGGAGGGAGAUUGAUGGUCAACCUCCCCCGGGAAUUGUAUCUCUGUGAGGGGGAACAGGGGUCUCCUUCUGAAGUCGCCACAAGCUGUCUAUGCGGCGCAGCUGGCUAUGGCCCUCUGUUAGGAUUAAAAUUUGCCUUUGCAACUUUUCUGCCUGUAGAUUUAGACCCUCUUCACUUGCCAAGCAUUUAACUUGUUUGCUUCUAGGAAUGCACUCCUUAAAAAAAAAGAAACAACCCGCAGCUUUUACUAGAUUUACACAGGUCAGAGGGCCACGAGUAUCUGACAAGGGGCUCUUAGAUCCCAGCUGGCAACGUCAACCACCAGGCUGGCAGUGACAUUUUAAGAAGCAAUGACUGCAGGGUGGUUUGUAUGGGGAAGUGUUGUUCAGCUGGCUGGGCAGGACUUGGCAGCUUUAAGGAAGGAAGCAAUAAAAACGUCUGCGCUCUGCAGUGACAGAGAGAGAAAAUUGCAAGCACUUUGCCUGCUUUGUGGGAGACACUGGUUGCUCUUUCCCCCACUGAAUCAGGCUGUUCUGAGCCAUGUCGUCGUGUGCUGCCUGCCCCCUAGCCUUUGUGCAGCUAUGACAUCCAUCAGGGGCACGUGGCGGCUUUUCUGUGUUCUGUUGUGUGUGAGUGACCACAUUCCCUCCCCCAGCCACCAGUGUCACUUGUUCGGCACUCCUGACUGAAUUGCCAAAAUGCCAGGAGAACAAAGGCCAUCAUUUUAUUUUUGCAGACACACACUUAGUAAGGCACCACUAAGCGCCUUGUUCGAGGCUUAUAGCUGGUGGAACAGAAAAGACCAUGAACCUUGGCGAUGGGCCCCUCCAGAUGGGUAGCAGCUGGUGGGGCAGGGGAGGCUUAGUUCACCUCCUGAGAGAGGGGUGAGGCAGUGGCAUGGUCAGCCCAGUGCAGACACACCGGCAGAGCCAAUCUGGUGCUCCUGCCCAUGGGUUUGCACUCUGCCAGCCUUGCUACUGGUUUGCCAUGAUGGGGAGUAAUGAUGGGGAGCGAACCACAUACACCAUCUUGAGGUCCUUGCAAAAAAGGUGAGAUCAAAAUGCAAAAAAUGGAAAUAAAAAUCCAUAAAUAGCAAUAUACAGUGGUACCUUGGUUCUCAAACUCAGUCCGUUCUGGAAGUCCAUUUGACUUCCGGAACGUUUGCAAACCAAGGCGUGGCUUCUGAUUGGCAUUGGAAACAAUGCCAACAGCCAAAACGGACAUUUGGCUUCCAAAAAAUGUGCGCAAACCGGAACACUUACUUCUGGGUUUGUGGCGUUUGGGAGCCGAUUUGUUCGGGAGGCAAGCUGUUUGGGAACCAAGGUACCACUGUAAUAGAUUAUUUUCACUAAUACAUAUGCACUCUUUAUCCUAGUAUAUGCAUUUUUGGCUGGAAAAACCACAUUACAAAUUCCAGAGAAUUUCUAAGGAUGGUUGUGUUUGGGAGGAGGAGAGGACAGGAGAAAGAAAGAGAGAGAGAGAGAGAGAGAGAGAGAAAGAAAGAAAGAAAGAAAGAAAGACUCUGCAGUUCUAUGGGGAACAGAAUCGAAUUUCUCCCACCUCUCAAGGGAUUGGCAAUAAGGCGCAUCCUUUGCAGGCUGUCAUAUCUGCUAUGAUAAUGAGGGUUUCCUUCCCCUCCAAUUAUAAGCAGUGACUCAGAGACCUCAAGAGAAGAAAGCUUUGCUGCCUCUUGCCAGAAUGAGGUAAUAUUCCCUGGGUAGACAGGAGCCUGACGCGAGGCUCCUCUGAUUCCGAAGGGUGUGUGUUCGAAUCAAACUUUGGUUUCCAUAGAGCUGUUUGGCCUUUCUCAGUCCCUAGGCAGUGGGCAGGAUGGGGUGAGCCUUGUUUUGGAAGACAAGUCAUUAGCCAAAAGGUUUGCCGACAGGAGGGGGCGAGGGAGAGAAGGAAGAUCCCUGGCGUACUAUUUAAAAAACAAAGGUGAAUAGUGGAAAUUGGCCCAUGAAGCUUUUCAUGGUGCAGUGCUUGAAAUGUGACCUGCUUCUGUUCCCAGUGUGAUCAAAAUCAGGUGAGCGGCGAGAUCAGUUGCGCGGUCUGUGCUGUCCUCACACACUGCAGCGGGUUGGACUCGAUGACCACUGGGGAUCCCUUUCAGCCAUGCAGUUCUUGUCAGGAGCUCGUCCUACACUCGAGUAGGACCCUGGCAGAGACACAUGCCCAACUGACAUGUUCUCUCCCUCCUGGUCGAUCGUUCGGGAGCUUCCAAAGCUUUCUUCUGCCCGAACAUCACAGUGACUGAUGCCAGCAGACACCGGCACACUUAGGGAUCUGCAGAGUCUGUGCAGUUCGUGUGGCAGACCUCAGCAACUCAGCAUUUUGGCUAAUCUACUUUAUUUACAUAUAAACACACACAGAGCACUGCAACAUGGCUCCCCUUCUCUCUAGCAUCAGACAGCAAAGAGAAAAAAACGAAGGACAAUAGUCCCACUUCACAGAACACAAUAACAAAAAAUUCCUGUCUCCGUCACUUCCCACUCUGUGGAGUCAAAACAUGUCAUGUACAAAAAUCCCAUGACUGCAAUCAUGGAGCAGGAAUUCUAACAGUUGUAUGAUUCUGUGAAACUUUGCCCAUGCUGGGGAGCAGCAGGCCCAGAGGUCAGGAUUUAACAGGUCCUGAUGGGCAGGGAUGGGGCCUCCAGUAGUGAUGACCCCCCUUCUGCUGGAUAUGCAAGGAUCCCCGAGCCCUAGUGGUGCGGCAGACAAGUGCCAGAAAGUGCAACUGCAGCUUGAUGCGAUUUGGGAAACUCCCUCCGUCUCCCAGAAGAUCGUGCCUGGUUCCAGCGGUAGUUGUCACACUUCUAGCACAGGAGACGGGAUCCUGUGGACCCACCAAAUGUUGCUGGGCUCCCAGUUAUGGUCACCCUGAUCCACUGGCCAUGCUGGCUGGAGCUGUUGAGAACUGGGGUGCAAUCAGACGACAGACACAGAUAAGAAACAACACUUUAAUAACCCAUCAGGCAAUGCAAAACACUUACAAAGAUACAGCAUAAACCGUUUCAGCUCAUCUGGUAGCAGAAGUUCACUCAUUCUCUGUCACUGUUCUCAUCCCAAAGACUUCUGUAUGCAAAGGCGGCACAACUGCAUCAAGGAGAAGGACCCUCAAUGAAUUUGCAAUACUUGCUGCUCCCCGGGCACUGGCAACCCAUGCUAUGCUACUGCCUGAGCUCAAGGGCACUCUGCCCACUUCUGUCCGUCGUCCCCCCAAGCUGGUACUCGAGGGCAUACUGCCUCCCAGGGCAGUGACAGACUGUGGGCGCUCAACUUUCAGUGGUGUCCUCCCCGCUCUGUUAUACAACAUUAUUGUGCCGCCCCCUCCAUCACAGCGCCCAGUGUGGUUGCACUGGUCGUACAGUGGAGUUAGAACACACCCAUUGUGGCCGUGUCCUGUGAGCUCUGCUUCCAGCUUCCAGAGUUGCAGCUUCCAGAGUAGAACUGCGUGGUGUUAUUAUUUCUCCACCCACCCAUCUAGGAGCUGGGUCAAGUAGGAGGAGGAAGAGUUGGCAAGUGGGCUUUUUGAUAUUGGCAUUGUUUUGUUUUGCCCCGGGGCAAGCUGCUGUUAUGCCUCUGCUCUCUGUCUUUUGUGGCUAAUUGUUCUGACCUACUUCCCAGGAUCAGAGGAGGCUGGGAGUGCCCGGCGGGAACAUUCUGGAGGGAACUGGUUGUGUUUCAAAGAGGAAAAUCGCUGUACACAAACAGACGUCCGUUGUAGCCAAGUCCUCAGUAUAGGUAUAGAUUGCAGCUGAAAGCUGCAUACAGGACUGUGUGCCUCACAAAGGACAUUGCCAGAUUGUGAAUUAAGUAAUCAAAUACUAGGUGUGUAGCUCCACCCCUCCUCCUGAAGGAGUGCAGGGUGGCAAAUACGUCAAAACCGGAAUGCAAUGGAAACUUCUAACCAAUAGCUUAAAAACAACCUUCUAAAAAAAAGUUUACAUGCUUUAAAUAAACCCCAAGCCAGUCACCUCACAACUAAUAAUUUAUGGUUUGGCAGGAACAGAUUUUUCCACUAACAGAGGCCUGGGGAAAUGGGAAUGUUGUUUGAAUCUUCUUCAAAUAAGUUAAUGGAGGAGACAGGUGCAGUUUGCUGGGGGGCGGGGCAUUCCACAAACCGGGAGCCACCACUGAGAAGGUGCCAUCCUGCAGGUCCCUCCCCAUGAGGCUGAUCGAGAGACAAGCAGGGCAUGUGGGUGGCCUGAUAACUUAGAUGCAUCACAAGUUCCAGUUGGGUGUGUGCCUGCAAACAGCCCAGUGCAGAACAUUCCUUCCAGACUUUGGAAAUGGCAUUGGAUCCAAACUACAAGAAAGAAGAUUCCACCUAAACAUUAGGAAGAACUUCCUGACAGUAAGAGCUGUUCGACAGUGGAAUUUGCUGCCAAGGAGUGUGGUGGAGUCUCCUUCUUUGGAGGUCUUUAAGCAGAGGCUUGAGAACCAUAUGUCAGGAGUGCUCUGAUGGUGUUUCCUGCUUGGCAGGGGGUUGGACUCGAUGGCCCUUGUGGUCUCUUCCAACUCUAUGAUUCUAUGAUUCUAUUCUAUGAUUCUAUGGGUGCUGAUGGGAAAGCUGCCUUCAAAGGAGGCGCUGGUUUCUAGAACCUAGAGGAUAAAGAGUAGUAUCUGAUCAUCUCAGCAGAAUAAGAACCUAAGGAAAUGUGAUGUGCAAGCCUAAUAGGGUUCCUGGGAUUUUUGACCCAUCCCAUGUUGUUGUUUUAAGUGAACCAACCAGGUUCUCUCUUCUUGGACAAUCAGAUGGAGCAGGGCAUCUUUUUGGGUGGGGUCACUUUUCUGAAUUUUGCAAUUUGGCUCUUGGCUCAAAGUAUCUAACUGCAUAUUUAGGAUUUUUUAAAAAAGUACAUGCCAAAAUAAUUGUAGAUGUUUGUGCUGUUUUCAACCUCAGUAAAUUGGAAACGGGAUGCUGUCACAGGACAGGAUGCCCUUCUGAAUGGAUUCAUGAGAAAUGGAUGCUGUAGAGCAAAGUCUAAUGUAUUGACUCUGUCUGCAGACUAAUAAAAUCGAACGUAUUGAAUUUCUCCACAGGCCAAAGCAAAGACGCACACACAUACCUCUAAAUAAAUAAAAGGAUUCUUGCAUUCCAGGGGGUUGGACUAGAUGACUCCUGGAGUUCCCUUCCAACUCUUUGAUUCUAUGAUUCUAUGUUUCUAUGUAAUAACAUCUCAAAAUCACGUCCCCUCCUGCAUUUGGCUUUUAUUUUAUUUUUAAUUUUUUUGGGGCCAGUGAUUUUGGAGUGGAACAGGUGUGGGGAGUGUUUGAGUCCUAGAAUCAUUGAACUUCAGAGUUUCAUCUAGUCCAGCACUCUGCAAAGCAGGAAUUGCAGCACAAGAAUCCCCUGCAGGUGGGCAUUCGACCUCUCUCUCAAAAUCUCAAAAGAGGAGGAGCCCCCCACCUUCCAAGGGAGGCUGUUCCACUGUCAAACAGCUCUUACUACCAUGCUUCAAAUAAAUAAAAGGUAAAGGGACCCCUGACCAUUAGGUCCAGUCGUGGCCGACUCUGGGGUUGCGUCUCUCCUCUCGCUUUACUGGCCGAGGGAGCCGGCGUACAGCUUCCGGGUCAUGUGACCAGCAGAACUAAGCCGCUUCUGGCGAAACCAGAGCAGCGCACCGAAACGUUGUUUACCUUCCCGCCGGAGUGGUACCUAUUUAUCUACUUGCACUUUGACGUGCUUUCGAACUGCUAGGUUGGCAGGAGCAGGGACCGAGCAACGGGAGCUCACCCCGUCGCGGGGAUUCAAACCGUGACCUUCUGAUCGGCAGGCCCUAGGCUCUGUGGUUUAGACCACAGCGCCACCCGCAUCCCCACAAAUAAAUAAAUAAAUAAGAGCAAGUUUAAUAAGUAAGCGAGCUCCCUUGGAAUGCCCCUGCUCCUUGGAAAUAAAACUAUUUCCAAGGAAUAUAGCUGCUUGGGGGGUGGAGCGGUUUGGGGAGUGUAGGACCAGUGGUUACAGCCAAAGGUGUAAAAGACCCAUGAUCUUCCAGUGUUGGAGGAUUCAAUCUGUCACCAUCCCUGACUGCUGGCUGUGUCAAUGGGGACUGAAGGGAGCUCCACGCGGGAAGGGCCAUGGGUCUCUCCUCCCUGGCUGGAGGAGACCCCUGCCUGAAACCCGGGAGUGCCAUUGUUGGCAGUCAGUGCAGACAGCUGUGAACUUAGGUGGCUAAUGUAUGCUUAGCAGAUUGUUUUUCAAUGAAGCUGAGUAGCAACAGGGAGUCAGUAGUGAGGAUGGUGAGGCAAAAGACCCUGGGCCCAGGCACACAUGCAUAUUGUAUAAAGGUGCAAAGCCCUUCUUUCACACCCUGUGAAACAUAAAUGCACAGAAUUUUAAAAAAACUGGGCAACGGCCAGCCGCCUGCAACUCCCGAGCGUCCCCAGAUCAGUCAAAACAAAGGGGGAAGGAGAUCUGUACCACCGGACGUCCCUGGUUCUCCUUCGGCAGUUGCGGCAGCAGUGGCAGUCAGCAGCCCGGAGCCAGCCUGGUAGCGCAGUUGGCUCUGGCUGGCUUCAGGAGCUGCCCGCUGCCGUGGCACCUGCCAUUUUGCCUCGCUGGAAGUUCCGGUAAGGAAAAAUGGCGGGCGCCACGUCAGCGGGCAGCGAGCAGCUCCUGAAGCCAGCUUGCCAGAGCUGAGGCUGCCGCUGCCAUAUUUCCUGGGGACAGAUUUGCAAAUCCGGGGACUGUCCCUGGGAACCCGGGACAUCUGGUAACCCUAGGCUAAUGGUCUGACUCAGAAUGAGCCAGCUUCCUCUGUUCUCAGCUUCCUAUAUUCUUAAGGGUGGGAAAAACCAGUCGGUUAGGUAUGCCUCCCUGCUGCACAAUUCCUCUGUGGAAUGUCUGCAGAACCUGCCUCUCCGGAAUUGGCAAUGCGGUGUCGAAUCCUGUUUCCUUUUUGUAUUUUUGUAGGUGAGAAGAGAUUCCGGUUUGAUCCCAGGGAGGGCCACAUUGUGCUCUUCCAUGAACAAGGGGCCCCCUCGGUCUUUGUGGGGACAGUCGGCACGCUUCAUUACUACAACUUUGAGAACUCCACCAGCUUUACGGUAGGGAGAUGGAGGACAACGCUUCACAAAUUUCUUUUUUGUUUUUAACUUUUCAUUUAUUUAAUUCACAAAAAGUGCAAAUGUAACAAAAGGGAAGGGAAAAGAAAGAAUCCGAAAUUUAAGCCAUGAAAUAUACAAAGUACAAAGAUACAGCUCCAAAGGAAAAGUAUUAACUCCUACAAAGAUUCACUUUACAAAUAAAAAGUAUAAAAACAGAAGCAUCUUCCACCAGUGAGUUCCAUCAUCAUUGACAAUAAAGGUUCUGUAAAGGCUUCGGUUUCCCAGAUAUUCACGUAAACUGGUAGCACUGAGUCACUACAUGCCUCAAUAUUUGUAUACGGAAUAAAAUCAUGUCAUAUGUUAAAAAACCAGUCAUUUGAGCUCUGCCCUUUUAGUUUAUGAGAUACCUUUUCAAGAAGGGCAAUUUGCCAAACCUCGAAUACCAACUGGUUUCCCAGGAAACGCAGCCCGGGGUGCUGUUGAGAGAUGAGAAAAAGGUUGCUUACUUUUCAAAUGGAGUGUUAGGGGAGGGGUAGUACCUCUGGUGGGGGACACGUUGUGCUCCUUCUAGGGUAAUUGUCUACCUUUGGUUCCCACCCUGCACACAGCUCUCCCCUGUGGUUCCUAGAAGCUGUCAGCAGGCGACAGCGGCCACAUUCCCAGGAAAUGGCUUUGACUGGCCAGCUAAACCAGGUGAGGGCAGCCAGUGAGUCUCAAACCUUCAGUGAGUUAGGGACCUGCGCUGCAUGCGAAGACAGACUCCGGCAGACUGAGCAGAUGAGACCAAUUGUGGGUCAAGCGGUCAAGAAGGCAGUUUCUGCAUGUGCUGUAGAGGGAAGUGAGGAUCAGAUGGGGCUCAUCAACCUGAGAAGGUAGCCCAUCUAGGAGAAAGAAAUUUUGAUCCUAAGCUUCUACUGCCUUGUGGGAUAUCUUUGGGAGAAGAAAAGGCUAAGGAGUAAAGCCUACACAAAUCCAGAGUCCCUAAAACAGUUGGGUGGCACCUUGUACGCCUCCUUCCGGCAAUACCUGCAGCCAAGCUGGUGCCAAAGGUCUUGCUCUGCUUUCCUUUGGACCCCAUCAGUGAGGCCAAGAGGGGGUCUUGUCUGGGCAGCCCAGGACCUCCAAGCACACUGACCAGGCCUGUGCCCCGAGGAGGUCACUUUGGUGUUGCUCACACAGUGGUUUGACUUCACCUCCAGAGAAGACAGAUGGCAACAACUUUUCAAAUCCUGCUCUGUUUCCAGUUACAUUUUAUUCAGAGAAGACUCCUUCACCAUCUAAGCACAGAUUAGAUCUUGGAGUUGUAGUUUCCAUUUUAAUUCAGAAUAAUCCAGCCGUUUGGAAGUCUGCCUAAAUUUGGAAAAGGGUCUCUCCUGUCAGUUUCAUGUCAAACGAAUGUUCUUCUUGCAGACUUGGAAGAAUCAGUUCCCUCAGGGAGCUAGCUGGUCUGGAAAAAUGUCAAAGUCUCAAUGACAAAUUAAUUGCUUUGGUAUAGCCUCAGGGAAUGAAGAAGCUGUUAACUUUCCAGCACUCAUAAUUUCCCAGCUCUCAUGGUAAACAUCAGGACAAGUGGGACUACUGUGGCAGUGCAGAGUUCAGGCUGCCAGCCAGGCCCUCUUUGGGGAUACACUGUUCUGUUCUCCUCCCCUAGACUGUCAGGUUCCCUAUCCAGGGGAACAGCCUGGACCUUGAACCCAACCCCAGUCCCAGCAGCAAUCAUAAUUGUAGAGUUGGAAGGGAACACAUUAAUAAUCUUGUUGAAGAAUCUCUGGCAGAUGGCCAUCUGACCUCUGCUUAAAGAUCUCCACCACCUUUUGAGGAAGUUCGUUCUGCUGUCGAACGUCUCUUACCCUCAGAAAAUACUUCCUAAUGUCAUGUCUUUCAAAACUGGAUGAUGGCAGUGCAGUCUUUGUGGGACUUCCCUCACGUUUGAUCCGGAAGCUAUAGUGAGUUCAGAAUGCUUCAGCCUGGGUGCUGACACGGGUGAGACCCCGAGAUCUGUACGGGUUGCUGAUUUGUUACUGGGCCAGGUUUUGGGUGUUAUUAUUAUUAGAAGAAGUUUGUUUGUGCCCCCUCCGUCACUUUGAUCUGUGGAACUGUGGCACCUGUUACAGGUGCCGCCUAAAAUCCAGUCUGCAUUUCCUCCCGCUGUUUCUCUGUUGUGGGAGGCUGUGAACUUUUAGGCACCUAGACAAGCUGACCUAAAAAUGACGUGGGCAUCUUGUCUCCUCCUUUCAUUCAGGUGCUUGUUGAAACCAACAGGACGCUGUCCAACUGCAGGAAACAGGUAAGUUUGCUUGUUUGUUUAUAAAAGUAUUUUACCCCAGAGUAUCAUAGAAAUAUAUCGAAGAGGUUUAAAAGGUAAAGGUAAAGGGACCCCUGACCAUUAGGUCCAGUCGUGGACUACUCUGGGGUUGCAGUGCUCAUCUCUCUUUAUUGGCCAAGGGAGCCAGCAUACAGCUUCCAGGUCAUGUGGCCAGCAUGACUAAGCCGCUUCUGGCGAACCAGAGCAGCGCACGAAAACGCCGUUUACUUUCCCGCUGGAGCAGUACCUAUUUAUCUACUUGCACUUUGAUGUGCUUUCAAACUGCUAGGUUGGCAGGAGCAGGGACCAAGCAACGGGAGCUCACCCCGUCACAGGGUUUUGAAGUGCCAGCCUUCUGAUCGGCAAGUCCUAGGCUCUGUGGUUUAACCCACAGCGCCGCCUGCGAAGAGGUUUACAACAAUAUAAAACAUAGAUGUUUGGAGGAAUUGCUGCAGCUAAUCCCCCACCACCUCUAGAAAGGGGUUCUCCUUCUGCGCUGAAUGAUUCAGCAGGUGGAUUGGGCCCAGAGCUCGGUGACGGAGUAGGUGCUUUGCAUUCAGAAGGGGCCAGGUGCUGUGACGUUCUUCAUUCCCACGCCAUGGGGGGUUCCCCUUCCUCUCUUCUCCUUGGCCUGAUACUUUGCAGCUCAGAAACUCGCAAAGAGUUUCUGUCCCUCUGCUAGAUCUGCGGAUGCUUGGAGUAAAUGUGGAUUUGACAGCCAUAAGACAGAGGUCUCUCUCAGCCCAAGGGCCACAUUCCCUUCUGGAUGAUGUUCCAGGGGCCAGAUGCCAGUGGCAGGCUAAAGUGAGCAGAGUGCAGAUUUUGCCCUUGUGUAGUAAGCUAGUUUGUACACGCAGACACUAACUCUGACCUCUAACCUGACAAGCGAGUGGCAAAAAAGAGAAGAGUUCAAGGACAGAGUCCGGGUGGGCAAAACCACCCAAGGAGAGUGUGAAGCAGGCCCUGUGAGGGGGCGACCUGGGGGAGAGUUUCAAGAGUCACAUUUGGCCCUCGGGCCCUCGGUUCCCCAUCCCUACCUUCAAAUUAGGAGGUCCUUCUGUGCAGGCCUUGGGGAGACAGAGUCUGUCUUGUUGGUGGGAUCUCCAGGAUGGGAGUGGGUGGUUGGGGGUCGUUUUCUGGUCCUCUUCGUCAUAGCGGGGGGUGGGGUGGGUGGACCAAAUGACCCUUUGGGGUCCCUUCCAACUCUACAGUUCUAUGAUUCUUCACCUUAACCGCCUUCACUUCUCUUCCAGGAAAAUGCCAAGAACUAUCUCACACUCCUGGAAAAAUAUGAGGACCAAUUGCUGAUCUGUGGCACAAACGCCUGCAGCCCCACCUGCUGGAAUUUGGUACGCAGCUUCUCCUUGCCCCUCUGCCCUUUAAUCCUGAGACAUCGCUGCCGGUCACCCUACCUGAGCCUUCCCUGUGUGCCUGAUCCAGCAAGCCUCUUCUUAUGUCCUGAUCCCUGAACACUGGCUCGGCUGGGGCUGAUGGGAGAUGUGUCUGUGGGAAGGCUCCUUGCUCUAGCUGGGCGAUGUUGGCAAUGAUUGCAUCUUCUUCCUCCUGCUUUCCUCUUCCCUUGCUAUGUUUGCUCCCUUGUGCUGUUCUUCUGGAUUGCAUAUCCUUUGGGGGCCAGGAUCCGCCCUUUGUCCACCCCCAGGGUAUGCAGACGACACUUUCACCACUGCCACCAAAGUCAUGGGUGUGAGAAAAGGGGAGUUUGAAAGUCGUGUCUCUCUCACUCUCCCUGUAUUGGUGAGACCCUGGAAAGGUGGGAAAUAUCUGCUCAACUUCUCUUUUCCCUCCUCCUGCAGGUAGAUGGGAACGUGGAGCCAGGGAUCAGUGCCCAGGGUCUGGCUCCUUUUGCACCUGAUCAAAACGCUCUUGUCCUCAUCGAUGGUAAGCUUUCCUGCAUUAAUGCGGAAUGAAUUUCUGGCCCAGCAGGGACACGCAGCCAGGCCUCUCGCUGGAGCACCGUUCUCCUCCUCCUGAGCUGCUGUGCUGUGCAAACCCAGAGUUCGGGCCGUACAUUCUCUAUGGCAUUGCAAGGGGUCUUGAAGUGCCCUCCCCAGCUGGCAGGCCUCUCCAAUAAUAAUACAGUGGUACCUCGGGUUACAUACGCUUCAGGUUACAUACGCUUCAGGUUACAGACUCCGCUAACCCAGAAAUAGUGCUUCAGGUUAAGAACUUUGCUUCAGGAUGAGAACAGAAAUCGACAGGAAAAUUGGCUUCCAGGUGGAAAAAUCAAAAUUAGAAACAGAAUUGUUAGAACCCAAUACUAAGAAUCUGUCAAGAAUGUAUAACUUGCUGCUGAAAUGGAAUACUCAAGAUGAAACGGUAAAAUCGGCUAUGAUUAAAUGGGCACAGGACGUAGGACAUAACAUUAUGUUUGCUGACUGGGAACAGUUAUGGACCACUGGUAUGAAAUUUACGGCAUGUAAUGCCUUAAGAGAGAAUAUUAUGAAAAUGAUAUACAGGUGGUACAUAACCCCAGUCAAGCUUGCGAAAAUCUAUCACUUGCCCGAUAACAAAUGUUGGAAAUGUAAAGAAACUGAAGGUACAUUUUUUCACCUUUGGUGGACGUGCCCAAAGAUUAAGGCUUUCUGGGAAGUGAUAUAUAAUGAAUUAAAAAAGGUAUUUAAGUAUACCUUCCCCAAGAAACCAGAGGCCUUUCUCCUGGGCAUAGUGGGCCAAAUGGUGUUAAAAAGGAUAGAACUUUCUUUAUGUAUGCAACAACAGCAGCAAGAAUACUCAUCGCAAAGUAUUGGAAGACACAAGAACCUCCCACGCUGGAGGAAUGGCAGAUGAAACUUAUGGACUAUAUGGAAUUGGCGGAAAUGACUGGCAGAAUCCGUGACCAGGAGAAGAGUCGAUGGAGGAAGACUGGAAGAAAUUCAAAGACUAUCUUCAGAAACACUGCAAAAUUAAGGAAUGUUAGAGUGAUGUUGGAUUGAAAAUAAGUGGUUUCCAGCUGUACAGGUUAAAGUUAAGGAUAGAUUAAGAUUAAAGAUCAAGAUUAAAGAUGUUUAAAGAAAUGGAAAUUUGAUAAUAAAAGGGAAAAAUUUAAAGGUAUAUGACAUUAAGAACAAGGAUUAUGUUUAAAAAAGUUGAAGCUAUAUAUUUUAAUAUUUUAUUAAAUUAAAGAUUGGGUUUAAAAAAGUGGAAAAGAAACUGCUGGACAAAUAAUGCAGAUUGGAAUACAAAAGAGGGAGGUAUGAGGAAGUCCAGAAAAUAAGUAAUUUAAAAUUGGGAAUGGAAAAGAGAGUUUGUUUUUAAUUGUUAUGUUUUGUGUUUUUAUUGUUAAAUUUUGUAUUGUUUUUUUGUGUGUGUUGUUUUGUUUAAAACCUUAAUAAAAAAUUAUCUAAAAAAAAAAAAAAAAAGAGAGAGAACAGAAAUCGUGCUCUGGCAGCGCAGCAACAGCAGGAGGCCCCAUUAGCUAAAGUGGUGCUUCAGGUUAAGAACAGUUUCAGGUUAAGUACGGACCUCCGGAACGAAUUAAGUACUUAACCCGAGGUACCACUGUAACAAUAAAAUAAACCACAAAUUUAAUUUACAUUAUGGGCAGCCACAGCCAAUUAGGGGGCAUGUGCGGUUUUUUCAGGAACUCUCAAAAGCAAUGAAAAUGUAUAAAAAGUGAUUUACAAGCAGUUUAAGGCUGCAUAAGAAUGAAUUUGUGUUUUGUGUGUGUGGAUACACAUACAGGUAUACUUCCCACAGCCCUUUCAAAGGUUAAACAAGAUCUGCUGGAUUGCAUCCCAUUUCACACUUGAUCACAAGCAAACUUAGAGAAUUUCAAGAAAUUGGCAGCUGUGGGUCCUCAUCUCUUGUUUGUUUGUCCCCCCCCCAUCAGUCAUUUUUAAAAAUAUAUAUCUUUAUUAAUUUAAAAUAAAUACAUUCAUAUUUAUAUAUAUUAUUCCCCCUAUCAGUCUUGUUGAAUAAAUCGUGGGGGAAGCGCAGUUUUCCACAUUUGAAAAGCGGUGACUCGAGGUUUUCUGCUCCAGUUCACUGCAUCUCAAGCCAAUGGCCUGACAUUCUCAUUUCUUUCUGAGGUGGCUUAGCACCUGCGUUCCUCUUCACCACUGGUCUCUCUUCCUUUUCUCGCAGGCAAGGACAUCUACUCUACCAUCAGAAAGCACCAGUACAAUGGGCGGACACCUCGCUUCCGUCGGAUUCGAGGAUCUACGGAACUCUAUACCAGCGACACCGUCAUGAAUAGUGAGUGUGGCAGGUCUUGAAGGAAUGGGGGGGUCGGGGUCCCCAGUCUCCCCGACAGAGGGGGCUCCCCAGAUUGCUCAGCCUCUCCCUUGUCUUCCAGCACCACACCCACAAGAAUGGUUGAGGGACACUUGACUUAAUACGGCCACUCAGCAAUAGCAUGGUGCUGUCAAGGCUUCAGAGCAUUUAAUAAUAAUAAUAAUAAUAAUAAUAAUAAUAAUAAUAAUAAUAAUAAUAUCUUUAUUGUCAUUGCCCCCUUCGGGGACAACGAAAUUACUUGACUGCUCCAUAAAAACACUAAUUAAACAAUACAGUAUAAUACAGCAAGGGAGAUUAGAUGACUUUCAAAGUCAUUCCCAUUCAGGGCCGAGAUCGCUCUGGAGAAGAAGCUGUUCUUAAGACGGCUCGUUCUUGUCUUCAUCGUCCUGUAUCUCCGUCCCGACGGCAAGAGCUCGAAGAGACAGUGACUAGGAUGCGAUGGAUCUUUUACUAUGUCCAGUGCCUUCCUAUGGCACCUUGUGGCAUAAAUCUGCUCUAAGGUGGAGAGUGGGCAGCCAACAAUGCUCUCUGCUGCCUUAACAACCCUGCACAACCCCAUCCUGUCUUGGGUAGUACAGCGUCCGUACCACACACAUAAGCCAUAAGUGAGCACGCUCUCAAUGGCACAGUGAUAGAAGGCAAGCAGCAGUUUCUGCGGAAGAUGGUUUUUCCUUAGUAUUCUCAAAAAGUACAGUCUCUGCUGCGCCUUCUUCACAAGCCCCCUUGUGUUGACACUCCAGGACAGAUCCUCUUGUAAUUCAAUGCCCAAAAAUCUGAACGUUGUUACCCUCUCCACACAGACCCCAUCAAUCAAAAGUGGCUGGACGUUGCUCUUCUGUCUCCUGAAGUCCACCACAAACUCCAACCUGCCUUCUCUAGUUGAAAUUCAGGAUGUGUGUCUUUUGGCCUUCCAGGUGUGGCUGGACUCCAGUUGCCACUCCCCCCUUUGACCAUUGGCCGAAUUCAUUGGGGAUGAUGGGAGUUCAGCCCUCUGGGUUCAGCCCAGUUGGUAAAGAGCGGGUCAGGGUUGGCACGGGCAUGCCGUAUUCUUGGCCAACUGCUGCCCCGUAACUUUUCCGAAAGUGCCUGGUGGCUGCCCCUGAAACCUUUCCCAGUGACGCCACCCCAGGGGCAUUGUAGGGUGUUAAAAUGACAGCUCCCAGCCACCCAGACUCAUUCGGAGUGUUGCCACUGCCUGCUAUUUGGGCCAGAGGAACUCUGACGGGGUCCCCUGCGAGGAGAUUUCAUUGAGAAUCCUCCUCAAACCUGGAGCUGGUUUUAGUUCUUAGCUGUGAUUUCAGCAUAACAGGGGGUUGGGCUAGAUGGCCCUUGGGAUACCUUCUGACUCUGAGUCCUGUGAGUCUAUGAACCGGCUGCCAGGAGGUCUAGAACUGGAGUCCCUUCCCAUAGGGGGCAUUCACACAUUACACUGAUCCAACAAGGGUACUUCCUGUGCCCUUCUGUGUACCCCAGUAGUUGAGCUGUACGGUGAUUUGCAGGUACCCUGCAGCAAGUCUGCAUAUGCAAGAGUCAGCUGUGCAAAUCAACAGUGCGUGCUCUUUUACACAAGCAUUUGCACCCGUGUAGAGACACCUUGAAGUUAUACCUGCGUGAGGCGUAAUGAACCAGCCUUAUGAGGUAUUAACACAACAAACCUGCUCAUGGGAGGGAGGAGGAGAACCUGGAGAUUUUCAGGGCUUCCCCGCUUGGAAACUGAGCAUCACGGCCAAGGGAGAGGAGGAAGUUGCCGCGUUAAAACCAACACAACCCUUGCCCCAGAGGGAGCGGCUCAGAGCAGGUGGUAACAGCACAGUGGGUGCCUCUUGUGCCAGGAACGUCACGGUGGCAGUGUUUCCCCAGUGCCAGGAGGAUCCGCCACAGUGAGCCUCUGGUGACGUUAGUGUUCCGCUCAGCGGAUCCCUGUGGAGGACCUUUCCCCUCUGAGAUCACGUAGGGAGCGAGGGGGUUGCCAGGGGCAUUUCCAGUACACAACACAGGUGAGGCUUUCUCCUCUGCGGGGACACCUGCGUCAUGGCAGCAAGAAGAGUGAUCUCAGUUCUCCCAGGUGGGUUGUUAUGUAGCCACAUCCGCCCAUGACAGGGAGAUUUUUGCAGGCCUGGGGAAUUCUGGGAGUUGAAGAAGCACAACAUAUAUUGGGAGGGGGGCAACUCUGAGGGAGAGGGAAACACCCUUCUCCCCCAAAACUAGCCUGAUGAGGACUGAGCAUGCUCAGAGGCAAAGAGUGCUGAUUGGCUAGCUAGGUUGGGUAGGAGCAGAGCAUUGGUCUUAGUGGUUCGUUGCGCCAGGGCGCUGGCCUCUCAGGGGUGCCCUAGCGAGUCGGGGAGCUGCGUGGCUUUGCCGGCAGGCUCCCCUUUCCCUGCAUGCCCGCCAGCUGCGCCCCACCAACUAUAUGGCUGGCGGGCGUGCAGCUUUCUUCCCAAGUUUCUGCAUCUGCUAACGACAGGGUCUUUGUUCUCCUGCUUCCUAGCGAAAGGCGGCGUUCAGCCUUCCUGGUCUGCCUUCUCGGGCGCCCCAACGCCGGAGAGCAUGCCCACCAGCACAUUUUCCUGCUUAAUCGCCACCACCAUGCCAGGGAUCAGGGCAGUGGGGGAGGCAGAGGACAUUUUCCACAGCCCUCUCCCUUGUUUUGGAGUUGCCGGGGGGGCGCGCGCCGGAGGGAUCUUUGUACCACGGCGCCGGAUAUGCUUAAGACAGCCCUGCAUGUGUGGGAGACAGCAUGGAACGGCACCCCAUGGACACUCCAUGCGGCAACAUUUUGUUGCAGCUUCCACUGGCUCCAUCUGUUUGGGUUGUGUAUGCCGCCUCCUUCGCCUCCUCUCUCACAUUUGUAUUUCACCUCUCCUCUAAGGAGCUCCAGGUGGCUUACACUGUUUUCCUCCUUCCCAUUUUAUCCUCACAACAGCCCUGUGAGGUAGGUUAGGCUGAGAGUGAGUGGCUGGCCGAAGGUGACACCCCGUGAGCUUUCAUGGCCAAGUAGGGAUUUGAACCCUGGUCUCCUAGGUCCCAGUCUCCCAGACACUCUAACCACUAGGCCACACUGGCUUUGAUCAUUAACUUGUGAGAAAUAGUCACCUCAGUCUCACUGUAGUGAGAAGUUGCCGUUUCCCCCACAUACUCUGUUCAUUGUUAAGGUGGGUGCCCUUGCUUAUCUGAGAACUGCAUGUGUUCAUCGGUGCUGAGCUCUGUGAGGGGUCUCCUAACAACCCUCUCAGCACCUUUAGCAAACUACAGUUCCCAGGACUCUUCGGGGGGAGCCAUGAAACGAAACGUUCAGAAAAGGGCAGCCAAAAUGGUGGAGCGACUCCCCAUGAAGAAAAGUUGCAGCGUUUAGGACUUUUUAGGUUGGAGAAAAGGAGAGGGAGAGGCGACGCGAUAGAAGUUUGUAACGUUAUGUCUGUCAUGGUGAAAGUGGGCACAGAAAAGCUUUCAUCCCUCUCUUCGUAACACUAGAACUCACGGGCAUCCAGUGAAGCCGGAUGUUUGGAGAUUCAGAAAGGGCUUCUUCCCACAGCACAGAGUUAAACUAUGGAACUCCCUUACACAGGAGGCAGCAAUGACCACCAGCUUGGAUGGCUUUGAAAGAGGACUGGACAGCUUUAUGGAGCAGGAGAAGAAGGCUGUCCAUGGCUACCAUUCACAAUGGCUCUUCUCUGCUUCCACAAUUGGAGGCAGCGAUGCUAUAAUAGUAUUAUUAUUAUUAAUUUAUUUAUACCCCGCCCAUCGGGCUGGGCUUCCCCAGCCAUUCUGGGCAGCUUCCAACAAAGUAUUAAAAUCCAGUAGUCUAUUAAACAUUAAAAGCUGCCUUCAGAUGUCUUCUAAAAGUCUGGUAAUUGUUCUUCUCUUUGACAUCUGGUGGGAGGGCGUUCCACAGGGCGGGUGCCACUACCAAGAAGGCCCUCUGCCUGGUUCCCUGUAGCUUGGCUUCUCGCAGUGAGGGAACCGCCAGAAGCCCCUCGGCGCUGGACCUCAGUGUCCAGGCAGAACGAUGGAGGUGGAGACGCUCCUUCACGUAUACUGGACCGAGGCCGUUUAGGGCUUUAAAGGUCAGCACCAACACUUUGAAUUGUGCUCGGAAAUGUACGGAAAUUGAAUGAGCCAUGAGCCUGAUCCAGCAGGCGACUCCUAUGCUCUUAAGAUGUCUCCUCUGCCCAGACUGCCCUAGCUGAACGUCCUCCUUAGUUCCUUCCUGCCUCACGGUCUCUCUGUCUUUUCCGCCUGCAGAUCCAAAGUUUGUGAAGGCUGCCAUCAUAAAACAAGAGGAGGCUUACAAUGAAAAGAUCUACUACUUCUUCCGAGAAGAAAACCCCGACUGGCCGAAGAACGCAGCCGCCCCAAGGAAUGUCUCCAGGGUGGCUCAGCUGUGCAAGGUGUGUGUGUGGGGGUGUCUGGGAGGCUGUGCCGGGAUCUCUGGGUGCUGCAGGAGAAGCCGCGGGAUCAGCUGAAGAUCAGCCCCAGGGGCCACUUACUCAGAGUAGACUCAUUGGUGUUAAUGAGCAGGACUCCCUUGGGCUAAGUCAUGUCAUUGGGUCUCGCACUAAAUACUAGUGGUAUGGCAAGAAGUAGCUGUGGUUACUUUAGGGCCGUUUUUAGCCUGAGGGCCCAAUCCUCUCAUGGGCAACAUUCUGUGUUUGUGUGUGCCAGAGGCAGGGGUGGGGGUGAGCAGCAACUGGAGGGGGGAAUGCAAUGCUUACCUUUUCAUGGUAGGCUAUAUUCAGCCAUUCGCACACAUCCAGCUGAGAUCACACACACACAGUUGCCCAUGGUGGGUGGCAAAGGGAAUAUUUUCUUCCCCUUGAACCAUAACCCCCAGAUUCCCAGCUUCCAUCUUUUUUCAAAAAGUGUUUCUAGCAUUUGUAGAACCUAAGAUAUGAGGCAAAAUGUGCAAGUACGUGUCUACACACACAAAUGUGAUGUGGAAGCCAAGCCCUAUGAGGAACAGUUGAGGGGGGUUGGAGAACAGAAGACCUGAGAGCUAUCUUCAAAUGUCUGAAGGGUUUUCACAUGAAAGAUGGUUUUUCCCCGCUCUGGAGGGGAAACCAGUGGCUUCAAAUUACAGUGGUACCUCGGGUUACAAAUGCUUCAGGUUACAGACUCCGUUAACCCGGAAGUAGCACUUCGGGUUAAGAACUUUACUUCAGGAUAAGAACAGAAAUCGUGCGGCGGCGGCGGCUUGGCAGCAGCAGGAGGCCCCAUUAGCUAAAGUGGUACCUCAGGUUAAGACAGAUUUCAGGUUAAGAACGGAGCUCCGGAACAAAUUAAGUUCUUAACCAGAGGUACCACUGUAUAGGAAAGGAAAUUCCGAUGAAACAUCAGGAAGAACUAUCUGAUAGCAAGGGCCAUUUGACAGUAGAACGGUCUCCCUCGGGAGGUGGUGGGCUCUCCUUCCUAGGAGGUUUUUAAGCAGAGGUUGGACAGUCAGCUGUCCUGGCUGCUUUAGUUGACAUUCCUGCAGAGCAGGGGGUUGGGCUAGAUGACCCUUGAGGUCCCUUCCGACUCCACUAUUCUAUGAUUCUGUGAAACUGUGCUGCCAUGCAUUUGGCCAGCUGCCAAUCCCUGACCACCCUUCCUGUUUCUACAGGGAGACAGAGGAGGCACCGGCUCUCUCUCGGCUGCCAAGUGGACCACCUUCCUGAAAGCCACCUUGCUCUGCGUUGACUCUGACAACGACCGGCACUUUAACCAGCUUCAGGACGUCUUCAUCCUGGAGUCUGCCAACUGGUCGGAGACGAGAAUCUACGGACUCUUCUGGAAUGAGUGGUGAGUGCCUUGCUCCGUGGUGAGGGGCAAAUGAACGCUAAGGUCACAUCUACACUUGGUGGAGGGUUUUUUGUUUGUUUGUUUCUCUUAGCCCAGGGGACGCGCGUGGCACUGUGGGUUAAACCACAGAGCCUAGGACUUGCCGAUCAAAAGGUCGGCGGUUCGAAUCCCUGCGACGGGGUGAGCUUUUUCUGGGUCAUGUGGCCAGCAUGACUAAGCCGCUUCUGGCAAACUAGAGCAGCGCACGGAAAUGCCAUUUACCUUCCAGCCGGAGCGGUACCUAUUGAUCUACUUGCACUUCGUGCUUUCAAACUGCUAGGUGGGCAGGAGCAGGGACCGAGCAACGGGAGCUCACCCCAUCACGGGGAUUUGAACCUCCAACCUUCCGAUCGGCAAGCCCUAGGCUCUGUGGUUUAGACCACAGCACCACGUCCCUCCUUCUAAAAAGUUGCUUCUGAAAACUUGCGAACAUUUCAACCAGCUUCUAAGAAUUGAUCUGAUGUGUUAAGAGAUUAUCAUAGUCACUGGUGAAAAGCUUGUGUUUUUACCAGUGUGUUUUUAACAUUGUCAUUUUUCUUCCCAUAAGCUGCUUUGGUAGUUGUGCUGACAGAAAAGCAGAGCAAUAAAAAUAAAUCGGAUCCCUUGCUUCUCAUUCUUAUCCCCAGGGAAUAUUCCGCAGUCUGUGUCUAUUCCGUUGGUGACAUCAGUAAGGUCUUCCGAACUUCGCCUCUCAAAGACUACCACGAGAAACUCCCCCCUGUGAGGCCUGGGCAGGUAAGGGAUGCAAAUUUGCUUCUCUUGGUGGAUUUAUCACUGGGGCAUAUCCUCUAGCCAAGCGGUUCUCAAAGUUUUGGGGGCCACUGCCCCCUUGAUUCCACAAACUCCUCCCCAGUUCCCCCUCUCCCCUCCAAAAAGCAUUAUUCAGCAUAGCAGUUUGCAUGGGCCACUAAAGAAGAUAAUAACCCAAUUCAGAACAGUCACAGUUAAUAGCACAUUUAUUCAAAAUCCAACAAAAACAAUAAAUUGAACGAAAUGAAUGACGUUGGUCCAGGUAUACCAACUUUUCAAAGUCUGAUAGUAAUUGAGGAAGAGUCUUCAAUACCACAUUUAGUCACAACUUCACUGUUUUUAAUUCAAUGUGGUUUCCCAAUGUUUGGUUUAAAGUCACUUAGCAGGAGCCUUGAAUCCCCAGCUCCUGCCGCCCCCUUGCCUCUUAGUGCCCUACGAGGGAAUCCCCCUCCCCUGCAGGGAUCACUGCCUGCCACUUUGGGGAGUCCUGCUCUAGUCAAAGAGUGACUAGACGUGCAGAACUGAAAGGAGACUGAGAGCUGGUGACUGUGCCGUUUUUGCUGCAGUUUUGCCCGUAACUGACAAUGGGUAGUGGCGACCUUUAAAUCUGGAGGUGGGGAGUUUUUAAAAGAACUGUACAAUCCUGUUAUGCAUUAUGUAGCAAAGGUUGGGAGGUUGGGAAGAGAAACUUGCAAGCUUUCUGGGGCAAAAAUUCCAUAUCACUGACAUCUCACACAGUGCAAGCUUUUUUUUUUAAAGGAAAGCAAGUUUCUAGUGCUCAAGGCUCAGAGAAGCUUGCAGAAGUGCCUGUUGCCAGGGCAGAAGCCAGAAAGGUCCUUAGAGCCAGGAGUGGGCCAUCUGUGGUGCUCCAGCUCUCACCAUCCCUGACUGGGACCCGUGCUGGCCAUGGCUGGUGGUCCAGAGGGGGCCACUGGUUCUCCAUCUCUUCCUGGUAGGAUCCAGGGCUGGUGCAAGCAGGCUGCAGAUCCUUCUUGUCACCCCUAAUCUGGUGGCCUUAUCUGUCCCUCCCAACAGUGUCUAGAAGGAGAACAGCAGACCCCCCACGAGACCUUCAAAGUGGCCGACAGCCAUCCUGAGGUGGCACGCAGGGUGAAGCAGGAAGACAUCUUGUUUUACAGCAAGCACCGCUACCAGCAGAUUGGUGUCCACAGAGCCCCAGCAGCUGAUGGCGGCACCUACAGCACCCUGUACUUGGCCACAGGUACGGUCAAAGCUGCUCCUUGCUUGGCAUCGCUGCCCUUUGGCGUUGCUGAGCAACUUACUGCCCCUUUCUCUGAAGCCGGGGGAGGGAACCUGCGGCCCUCCAGAUGUUGACUACAACACCCAUCACUCCUGGCUGUAUGGACCAUGUUGGCUGUCGGCAGAUGAGAAUUAGGGCCCAGUGACAUCUGGGGACCACAGGUCUCCCUCUGCUCAGGCUGAGGAGCAACCAGCCCAAAGCAGUACUGGGUCAGGAUUUGACCCUAGGUCUCCUUGGGUCACAUCCGGAGGACUACAGGUCUUACCUUACAGCCUUCAUCCCUGCUCUGUCCAACCAGCAUCAUUUCCCACAUUCCCGUUACCUCCUUCCAGCUUCCCAACCUUUUCUUCUGCCCUUUUACGCAGACAAAGGAACCGUCCACAAAGUUGCUGUCUUGCCCACGGGGGCCAACAACGUCCUGGAGAUCCAGCCUUUCCUCUCUCCUGCUGGCAUUCGGACCAUGACUCUGGACAGUGAGAGAGUAAGGAAGAACCUCCCAUCUUUUCCCUUUGCCUGCUCCAGGCUUUAUUUCAUCAAAGUUCUAGACCGUUUGAUUGCAAACUGCAGGCCUCCCCUGACUUGUUCCAUACUGGGUCGCUGGAAUGAUGCUGACCCACCAGGCCAUGGCAGAACAGCAGUGGCUGGAUCAAAAAAUGUGCAAAGGAUCUGAAAAGUGCCACCUCGCCUUUUCUGUAUGGGCUGGAAGGGCCUCAUCUCAGAACAAACAUGCAGAUAUCAUAUAUUGCUAGUGUUGGAAGGGAUUGUCUAGUCCAGCAGUUCUCAACCUGUGGGUCCCCAGAUGUUGGACUACAACUCCCAUCAUCCCUGAGCUCUGACCUUGCUAGCUAGGGGUGAUGGGAGUUGUAGUUCAACAACAUCUGGGGACCUGCAGGUUGAGAAAGCUGGUCUAGUCCAACCCUCUGCAAUGCAGGAAUCUUUUUGCCCUGGUGGGGCUCAAACCCACAACCUUGAGACUGUCUUGUGCUCUUUUUUUCUGAACACGGGGAGUAUCUGUUCUAGGGGUGACAUAAUAGGAGUCCUGCUGGAUCAGGCCAAUGGCCCACCUAGUCCAGCCUUCUCUUCUUGCAGUGGCCAAGCAGGUGCCCAUUAUGGCAAGCCCUUGACAAGUAGAACUUGAGCCCUAGAGCCCCUCCCAACUGUGGUGGCAGAGCAGAGCCAUCCAUUGACAACCCUCUGCUCCUUGAAUACACUGGCAUGCAAAAGGGAUCCCCUUCAGUCCCCUGUUCCUCUGCAAAAGUAGGAGCAAUUCCUGUGCGUCACUCAGUGGCUGUUGCUUUUCCUGUUAGACUGAUGUUACUCAUUCACUGGGUACAGAUAGGCUAGUCCAUGAUGCCCUUCAAGAAUAUGCACGACUCAUCUCUUAGUCCUGCUGUUUGGAAGGAGCUCAGUGCAGCUGUUGCUUUAUUUUAUCUUGCAGAAGGAGCUGUUUGUAGCCUCUGAGAGUGAGGUGGUUCAGCUGCCCAUGGCUAUGUGUGGGGCGUAUAAGGGCAGCUGUGAGAGCUGCGUCCUGGCGAGGGAUCCUGACUGCGGAUGGAUCAACGGGAGAUGCACUUCUGUUUAUGACCGUGACCAGCAUGGAAAUGGGUAGGUCCCUCUGAUUUUCAACCCUCCUCCCCCUUCAUUUCUAUUGUUGACAGUUGCACGUUCUAUAUCUGCAUGUUCUCCGGCGCAUACAGACAUGCGGCAGAGCAAGGUGACAAAGCAGACUUGCGCCAUCCCAUUUGAGUGCACUUCUGGGUGACACCUUCCUGCAUGCAGAAAGUGAUCAUCUCAGGAUGAGACGUUCUAGCCCCACCUUGUUGCUGCUGAGCUAGCUUUCUGCUUGCAGGGAACCCUUGGCGAAGCAUUAAAAAUGUAUUUGUUACUUAAAUACAUUUAUGUACCAUCUCUUCCUCCAAAAAGCUCAAGGUGAUGCCCAUGACUCUCUUCCUCCCCACUCUAUGCAAGUGCCUGCAUGGAUCAAAACCUACGGGGAAAAGUUGCUGUGCUCACUAAACCUGAACUCUUUGUUUCUUUGAAUAAAGUGUCAACACUGACACCUUGUGAGAUCUUGGGCUCUCCUUACAUUCUAAUUCUCUCUCUCUUUCUCUUCUAGCACACUGCUACAAGCUCUAACACACAAUCCUGUUACGGAUAUUUGUUCAUCUCCAAGCCACACUAAAGGUAAUGUUUGCAAAUAAACCAUUUUCUUGCCCUUCCUGAAGACCAGGAACGUGGAGCCAUGCAGCCCUCCAGAUGCUGCUGGACCUCAGCUCCCGUCACCCUGACCAUUGGCCGUUCUGGCUGGGGCAGAUGGGAGCUGGAGUCCAGCAGCUUUUGGAAGGCCACAGGUUCUCCCAGUCCUGCUUUAGAUUUGGAGGGAAACCAGUUGGCCAGCUAGUCCGAGUAUGGAUGAUGCCCCUUUUGAUCAGCAUUGGCCUUGCUAAAGAAUAGCAACCUGCCCAUUGGGCUAGCGGUGGUCCCUGAUCUUGACCAUUGAGCGUGCUGGCUGAGCCUGGUGGGAUUUGUAGUCCGUCAGGUUGCAGGAGGCUGAUUUAGGGACCCAAAGGCCAUCAGCACAACAUCUAGCAGCGCUCUUACGUUCACCAACAGCUGGCGAGCAAGGAGAUGGAUCUCUUGAGCAGGAAUAAUGCACUGUGAUUCAGUAGCUAGGGAUUUUCAGUCAAACUUGGUCCCAUCAUGAUACCACAAGCACCACAAAGGCCUCCUGACGGUUGCUGUUCCACACCAGGGUGUGCAAAGGGUGACCUCUCAAUCUCUCUCUCUCACUCACUCUCUCACCAUCUUCUCUUUCUUCCUGUCCAGGUGAUGACAACCAUCACUGUCAGAUUGUGACCGUGGCACCCGGCACCCGCUAUUACCUCAACUGCUCUAUCAAAUCCCACCAUGCCACUUACACUUGGCUCCGUGACAACCAAACGGUUUCGCACUGUGGAUCUGGCCAUCGCCACUGCAUCCACUUCAUAGACAAUAUGACGGACGAGCUCUAUGGCACUUAUUCCUGCGUUUCCCAGGAGGAUUGGUUUACCCAGACCCUUGUGACAGAAUGCCUGACAAAGCCCUCCAAUGUGAAGAUGCUGCUUGAGGAGCCCAGGAAUAAGAUGGCAAAGGACUGGGCCACCCAAACAUCUUUGUCCCUCUGGCUAGGACUGUUGCAUAUGGCGGCAGUUGUCUUGCUCACCCAUUGAGGACUUGACCUCCUGACUGCCUACCAGCACAAGUGACCAAACUGUACCUCUUUCUAGUGUGUCUUGUUCCAUCUCAGAAGUGGGUCCCUCAAUAGAUAUAAUUCUUCCCUUGGGCUUAGAAGCCACCUAUUCUCCACUUGCCCAGAGAAGUGGCAACCUGGUGGUGCAUAGUAGAUAGCAGAAUGAAGGAGAGGUUGGUGGCUGUUCUGUCUGCAGAAGCACCAAGAUCCUGAAAUCUUGAGCAGGAUGGGUCCUGCCAAAAUGAACAUGAUGAUAUGAACAUCUGGGUGAUGAAGUAGAACCAGUGCAAACAACAAUGCAUGGGGCAGCUAAUGGGGCAGAGGGUAUGGCUGAGGUGGCCCAGGGGGGCUUGUGAAGGUCCACGUCAGGCUUCUUCAAAGGCAGGCAUCAGGAUCCAACACAGAGCUCACAUGCUAAAUAAAAGUUUCCUCAGAUUGGAGAGCAAACUUUCAGGCCCAAGGUUUAUAAGACUUGACGGUCUUCUGCAUCUUUUUUAAAUAACUGGUGUUCUGAAUGUUCUUUUGAUGUUUCUGACAUUUUCCAAGCAACGAUACAUGCUCAGGAUCUCUGAACAGUUAUAAGGCAUAAUUAAUGUAUAUCAAGGCAUCCCCAAUAUGCACCAAGAUCAAAGAAACAUCCUGUAGGUUCAGAUGAAGAGCCACCUAGUCUAGCAUUUGGAAGAUUCUCCAUUAGCAGUAGGUGGUCAACUGGCAAUUGACCACUGGCCUGUCAAGAGGCCACCACCUGGUCUGUCCUGCCUAGUCCCAGAUUUGCCUGCUUCUAUGCUUGUCCAUCUGGCAAGGGUGGAGAAUGGGUUGGUGCAAUUGCCUGGGCUGUGGGGUGUCAGGGACGCAGUUUCCUGCCUCAAACUGUGGGAUGCAGUUUCCUGCCUUUCUGAUCCUGCUUCCUGGCCGGUUAACUCACAGAUGUUUGGAAAUCCUUUGUGUGAUUUCACUGGAUGAAGGAUAUUUAUUUUUAUUUAUUAUAUUUUUCUAAAAAAUCAGAUCCUCUUUUUGUGGGGAACAAAAUUAACAAGCCUCAGGGCCACUUGUAGGCAAAGAUGUUGGAAAGCCUUUGAAGGUGAUUUUUUGUGUGUCUUAAUUUCUGGAAGUCGGUUCAUAUAGUGAAGAAAGAGGGAGAUCCCAGGGUGUUCACAAGGCUGAGUUCUACCUCUUAUAUUGUGUACAUGUGCUUCUGAGUAGACCAGCAAUCUGGAUGUGGGUCUGUUUUUCUUCUUCCUUGUGAGGAAGCAGUGUCAUGGCUGGGGGAGCUGAGGCUCUGCAUGCAAAAGCUGCAAUUGCUGGCAUUAAAAACAAAAGAGGCUCCUGCCUUCUGAAACCUUAGAGAGCUGCAGCCGGUGGCUGAGAUGAUGCUGAGCAACGUGGUUUGGUGGCAGGUUACAGAGUAAGGCAGACGUCUGUUUCCUGUCUUGGUCUUAUCUGCUGGCUGGCUGGCUGGUUAGCUGCCAGCAACACCUCCAAGAGAUGGGCAAAUGAGUCUAUUUCAUUUCAACCCCCACGUGAAUCCCCCUUAUCUCUGUUCUAGCCAGUUUUGGGGAGGGGGAAUCCACAUUUAUGUGUGUAUCUGAAUACAAACUACUUCAUAUAUUCUCUCUCUCUUCCAAACCAGAACCAGUGUGGUGUUGUGGUUAUACUGUCAAACUAGGACCUGGGAGAGACCAGGGUUUGAAUUCCCUGCUCUGCCAUGAAGCUCUCGCUGGGUGUGAUCUUGAGACAGUCACAGUAUCUCUGUCGCUAACCUACCCCACAGGGUUGCUGUGAGGAUAAAACAGGUUGGAGGGGAACUGUGUACGGCCCCUUAAAUGAAAGGUGGGGUGUAAAUGAUAAAAGGAAUAAACAAAAAAUGGGGGGGGGCACAGAUUCCUUAUUCCUGUUUUGUGCCUUCAGUUACAUCAGCAAAAAAACCAAAAUAUUUAAUCUGUAUCUAACACCUUUCAUAUAUAUUCCAAGUAUGCUUUCCUUGAUGUCAUAACCAAUGAUACUUGAAAGCUACCGACUGAAGGGUUUUGCAGUUGGGUUGUAGCUAAACAAGGAAGGUUAUUGCAUGGGCAGCAGUUGCCAAGCGAGGCUGCUGACCGCCUCUGCCACAGGUGCAGGCAGGCAACAUCCUGAGAGGUUGGGAAAACCUUCCCCACCAGAUUAGUUUUGAGAGCAGCAACUUUGCCGGGGGAGCGUUAGCGGGGGACGUUUGAUUCGCUUUGCCUUUAAACGCAAACCUACCUCAUUCACACUUCCCCAAACAUCUGUCCUUGGAAGUUUGCACUUCUCCAAAUUUUGCAGCAAAGUUCUCCAACCAAAGAAAGUGUCUCUUUGGGGGGAAAGUGUGGCCAAAAAUGCAUGGAUUGGUGAAGAUGGCAUACCCAAAAACUCUGUUAUGCUAGGGAAAUUAGCUUGCAAAAAAUGUCAAUCUGUGGAGGAAUGUAGAUGUUUGCAAUGUUCCGGACUGCCGUAGAUGAGCAUUUGGGUCACUUCCAGUGAAAGUUCUAUGAAAUGCAGGCUAAAAGGUUGAUAAAUUUUCAUGCAGACUUAAAAAUAAUAAUUGCAAAGUGAUGUAGAAAUGUAGCAAACUGAACUUUAAGACUGAAAAACUUAGGAAUGCAGGAAAAAAUGAAACUGAGAAAUGCAAAAGCCCCCUCUGCAUAGCAAAUGGCUUUUGGUGACUCCCUUGUCACCUGGAGCAAGGAGGCCAGUUUCUGGAUGAGGUCUAAUCUGUGCCCUCUGCCUGCUUGCCUUUGCUUUGCGCCACUGUUGAGUCACCAGAAUGAGUCCCCUCAAGCGUAAACUGUGAAAUUUAAGAGUGUUCCUUUUUGGCUUAGCAAGGGAUGGUUCCGUAACUUUGCUUUCAGGCCAAGGAGACAACACUCCAUUGCACUACAAUUUUAAAAAAUGCUUUUAAGCUCCAUUCCUCUUAAUUGCAAUGAAUUUUCUCCCUACCCAUGCACUUUAAAGUAGUAGGAAUUAUUAACAUAUUAACAUUACUAUUUGUAUUUUGCUUUGCAGCUGCAUUGUAGCAAAAGUAAUGUAUUUUUUUAUAUAUAAAUAAAGCUUUGUCAAAAUCAAGUG